AUGGCAGGAAAACAGAAAAGCAAAAGGUAAAUUGCUCACAUUUAAAUAUGCGUACUGAUAACGAACACUACUUUUAAAUAAUAAUAUAGCUUCUGUAUGUAUUGUAGCUACAUGUGAAGUGUUAGCGUUAUGUCGUUCUUCAUUUGCCUAGGAAUAGUGAAAGCGUGGUUGAUAGCUCAUUUUAAAUAGUCCCUUUCUGGUAUGCUGUUUAGUUUGCAAGUUUGUUUUGGAAUGGUUUACUGAACUGUCAACUCAUCAAAUCUAGCAACAUAACUAAACUAGCGAGUUAGCUAACUCACUCUCCAUAGUCACUGGAGGCUUUUCUUAAUAUCUGAUCUAGCUAACAGUAGCUAAUUUGCUAGCUAGCUUUUUAGAGUAUAGCUAACGUUAAGUAACUGAUAUUUGACUUUGUAAAUAUCUUUGUCUGCUAAAUUGGCUGUGCAUUGUUUCUAUGUUGCAGGAAGUUGGAGGAUCUCAGUGUGGACGAGUUUCUGCUAUCUGGCUUUGACUCAGCAGGUGAGGCUGAUUCUGAGGAUGACACUCCCACCCAGUAUGGACAGAAGUCGAAGAAGAAGAAAGCAGGGAAAUCUGCAGCUCAAGACAAGUAAGUGUCAGUCUCACUUCAAUCGGUGUCUCUCCCACAAUUACUUUAGUCCUGGUCACCUGGUAAAAUGUUGUCUAAUACAGGAGUAUGACCUGUCGUGCAGGGGUGAUGACAGAAAGAAAGGCAAGGCCUCCCAGCACAAGGACUCACUGUCAAGGUUAAAAAGCAAAGAUCCAGAGUUCUAUAAGUUCUUGCAGCAAAACGACCAGACCCUGCUCAACUUUGACGACACAGACAGCUCUGAGGAUGAGGAGGAGAGGAAGUACCACACACUGCCGAAACAACUAGAGGUAGUAGGGCUUUGACUCAUUGACUUAUGUUUCAUGAUGUGAAAAUGUAAUUCAGGUUUAUGUCGUUUUCUAACAUUAUGCAAUGGCCGUAUCAGUCUCCGGACUUAAACACCAUUGAAAACUUGUGGUUUGAAUUGAAGAGGGCAGUCCAUAAGCGCAGACGAAGGAUAUCAAGGAUCUGGAAAUAUUAUGUAUGGAUGUACUCCAAUCUCAUAAAACAUUUUAGAAAAAAGGCUCAGGGUGACGUUAUCCUUGCCAGGUGAGGUAUUAUUAAAAGGUAUUUAAAAUAAGGGGUGUCAAUAAUUUUGACCCCUACCUUUGAGGAAAAAAAAGAUUACUUGUUAAACAAAAUCUUCCUCUGAGCAAUUGUAUGAGAAUAAUAUAAUUUCCAAAUGUUUGGAGCAUACAAUAUAGCUCAGUAUUUAAAAUAUUGAUUUUAGUCAUUUUUGCUCAUGUUUAUCAAGGGUGUCACUAAUUUCGGACCCACUGUAUAUAGUGAGUUGAUGCAAAUCCGUUUUCUGUUUCUAAUAUGUAUGCCUAUGCUUUAUUUAGCCAGAGGAUGAAAAUGUCACUUAACACCAAUUAUAUAUAUUUUUGAAUUUGACAGGUCCAUGGUUUAAGCCAGCUCGUCUUCAGUUAUUUGUGAUUUGUGUCCCUUGGCAUGGACUGUUUUUCGCAUUGCCUGUAUGCCCUUAACAUUCUUCAGAAUCAUGUUAACUUGAAUCUUAUGUGUGACCCUAGGAGGCCAGCUCUGAUGAUGAGGAGGAACAAGGAGAGUCCGCCAAGAAAUCUAAGAAGGCAGCGGAGGUUAUCAAAGUCACAGAGAAAAUGGUUGAUGAGUGGAGAGCUGCAAUCAAGGUAACGCUUAUCUACAGACUAUCCACCUAGCAUAGACCUCCACCUUUUUUCUCUACCAGACUUUAGGUGUAGUAAUGAAAACAGACACGCAACCACACUGAUGCAGGUUGCAUGAUGGUCCUUAUCACUAGCCAACUUUUAGAGAUUUUUUUUCUCCAUGAUAGAAUGGUACUUUAUUUGUCCCAUCUUCCAUCAAUCAAACAUCUGGGCUACCUACCUGUAGCAUAACAUAUUGAAAACAUAAUGUAAUAUGAAGUGAAGGGGCUUCUUCUUGGGUGUUAAGAGUUGUAGCAUGCGUAUACUGUACCACAAUACCAGGGCUUUUGCCCUUCAUUCUCAUCAUUAGGUGGGUCUAUUUUUCCCCUCCCCUCCAUGUCUUUGUCUUUAGGAUGAGCCUACCCCUCGCAUCUUCAGAGAGGUCACACAGGCCUUCAAGGCUGCCGUGGCGACCACCAAAGGAGAGGGGGGAGAUCCGUGUCGAUACAAAGUGGCCGACAGUUCAGGUAGGGAACUUAACCCAUGAGUGUGCAUGAUCCCCUCUUUAGUAGCAUCAACAACAUUUUGGCCUGUACACAUCCAAGGACAAUGAUAUAGUUUAGUGUGUGUGUGUGUGUCUAUUUCUUUGUUUUCUUUCCAACAGUGUUCAACGCCUUGGUCCUUUUCUGUAUCCGAGACGUAUAUGUGGCUCUGCAGAGGAUGCUGAACCUAAAGCCAGAUAAAGAUCAGAAGAAGUAAAAACGAGUGCCUUGUCUCAUGUCUUAACAUUAGCUUCAACCAUUUUCCAAGCACUUCAUUUUGAGUACAAAAAAAAAUGCCAAACAGAUUAACCAAUGAGCCAAUGUAUUUGUCUGUCAAGAUCGACAAAAAGCUAAGGUUUGUCCCUCCAUCUUUCUUCUGUAAUCUUGUCAUCUUCAGGCCAGUGCUUCCAUCAUCCAGUCCCAAAUGGCAGAAGAACCAGGUGGACAUUAGGAUGUACCUCAGCGGCAUCGUUCAGGUUUGUCCCGCUCUUGGUUUCAUCUUCCAGCCCGUUUUCCCCUCCCCCUUGUCUGAAUUGACACUGAUACCUCUCCCUCUUCCCCACUUUCCUAUCUUGCAUAUGUAGUUAUUUGUAUGUACUCUUGGUUUUUUAAAAUCUUCUACCUUUUUACUAUUGAGCUCUUGUUGAAGAGAAAUUCCAAUGUAUGUACCUGUACUUGGCAAAUAAAUGAAACUUGAACUCUCCAUCUACAGCUCCUGUCCUGUCUCACCGAAGCCACAGUCAUCAGCGCGGUCCUGAGGCACGCCAACCAGCUGGUGCCCUACUACCUGUGUAACCCCAAACAGUGUCGCCACCUGCUCAAGGUGCGCUCCGGUUACCACAGCGCCACCUAUAUGUAGGGUGGAGAACCCGCACGCAGAUCAUCGGAGAAAUUGGGCAAAUGUUUCAGUAAUGUAUAGCCCUAGCAGUUAUGGUUUAGUUCUGGGAAUGUCAGUUGAGUAUAUAAAGGGUGUCAUUAGUGGUCAAAAUAACUUUAACUCCAUCUUGUCAUUUUUACAUUAAUAGAAAUUUGUAAUUCAUGAUGUUCAUGAAUGGUCAAACAUGACAAUUUUUUGCCAUUACUGGAAAAGUCUUACAUUUGGAGAUACCAGCUAGGUUUUCCUCUGACAGCAAUACCAUGCUCUGGACUGGUAACAUUUGUAUUUCCUCCACUCCAAAGCUAGCUCUCACAUGCCACCUGUCUGUCUCUAGCAACUGAUCAAGCAGUGGAGCACCGGGGAGGAGACCAGCCGCGUGCUGGCUUUUCUGGCCCUCAACAAGAUCUGCCGACACAAGCAAGACACCUUUCUCAACCCCAUCCUCAAGGUAUGUCCUCUUACAUCAGUUUCUCUCUCUUUUCCAUCCUCUGGGGAGGUGAGACCAUCACGUUUGUGAAAUAUACUUCAUUCAUUUGGCCCAGGGUAGUAAAUAUUGUUUAUAGUUAGUAUGUUUAAAAUGUAUACACAUCUUGGUUAAAAGUGCCAAGAAAAUAUAGCUAACCACUUAGUGGGAAAGGUGUCUGCAUAUGCAACUACCUGAAAUGUGGCACGUAACUUUACAAAGUUGAAAGGGUAAAGUUGCCUGCACAAUGUUAGAACUCCCAAAAUCAACAUCUACCAUUUUAAACCCUCUAAUCUUUCAUUUUCCCCACAGCAAAUGUACAUCUCGUAUGUGCAGAACUGCAAGUUCACGUCACCCACCGUGCUGCCCAUGAUCAACUUCAUGCAGCGGACGCUGACGGAGAUGUACUCGCUAGACACACAGGCCUCCUACCAGCACGGCUUCAUCUACAUCCGCCAGCUGGCCAUACACCUGAGGAACGCCAUGACCAUGAAAAAAAAGGUUAGCCGUUAUUUAGUUAGCAGGCUAAUACAGCCGCUAACGCGCCACACAUCAUCCAGGGCCCAUGAGCAGUGGUCUAGAAUAAAAUAGUGACCUUGUCUCCAAUGUUAGAAUAGCGCUUUGACCACACUAUUAAUAAUAAACCUUAAAAUAUAAAUAAUGUUAUUGGGUCGUUCCACGUCAAUUCAGCAAGCCAUGACAACCACCAUCUCAGGAAAAACUGUUCUGAAAUAGUUUCUGUAGUUGGAUAGAGAUAAGACUAGCGUUCCUGCAACAUUAUUUAGUUGAAAUAUCUGAUGUUGGGUACUAUAUCUAUUGAAUAUUAUAUGAAUCCUAUAAAUUAAAUUGGGUGCAACCAAUUGGAUUCAUUUCUUACAGAUCAAAUUAUUUUUCUACAAAAUAAUGUUAUAGGAAUGCAUAUCUGCUCUGUUUAUAACUACAGAAAACAUUUCAGAGUAUUUCUGUGAAGGUGAGGUUCAAUAUCCUCUUUUUUGAUUCUAUUGGACGUGGAACGACUUUAUUACUGCUAUUAUCAUUAUGUGUACUUCCUGGUGUCCUAUGACAUCACUACUGCUGCCUGAUCCUUGUUUCCAUCACCAAGGGGCCUGUAUUCACAAAGCAUCUCAGAGUAGGAUUGCUGAUCUAUGAUCAGGUCAACCCCUCUUACUCAUUUAUGAUUUCAAAGGCAAAUCUGAACCUAGAUCAGCACUAGCCUUUCCUGUGGGGACCUAAGAACAUGGGACAGUAACUGUUUCAUUGAAGGAAGAUCAAAGAUAAAAGUACAAUCUUAAAAUCCCUCCCUCCCAACCCCAACUUCUCUCCUUACCCAAUACCAUCCAUCAGAUGUAGGAUUACAGAAAUAAUAGUCACAGCAAGGACAUGCAAAAAGACUAGUCAUGAUAAUUCUUUCACAUUUUAUUAUGUAAAUGUUUCAGAGGAACAAUUGGAGCUCAGAGUAUCCUUUGUCUAGAUAUCAUAUUGGCUCAAUACAGCGUUUGUGGUGUUCCCCUCACAUAAGGUAGAGCAGGAAACCACUGUAAAUGUGGUGGUAAAUGCUACCUUCAUAGCACUUGGAGCCAGGGGGGAGGCACAUGUAAACCAAGUCUCCCUCUUCCAGCUCUAGAGUCACUCCAUUGGAUACAUUCUCUUGGUGUCCAUGACACUUCCACUGUUGACGCCACAUUAUACCCUGGUCAUUUUUUAACAAGCGUACAGUCACCCACCGGGAUGAACUGUUACUCCCUGCACUGAAUCUGAAGAAGACUUCUUUCACCGGUAGUUGUGAAGACACCCGCAUCAGAGGAAAAGCAGGGAGAAAUCAACACCGUCUGGCUCUCAUAGACACUGGAGCAGCGUGUUAGUGAUGCUGGCCCCCUGUGGACAUGGCUUUAUAUGUAGAUUGGUGUGCAAGUAGUACCUGAAAUUGGGAUGUAGGCUUUGGUGAUGUUUGUGAAGACUGGUCUAGACCACAGUGGUGUCACUAUUGAAGGGUCCAACCGAACUACUUAAAGCAGCAGUGAAUGUAAACUUUGGCCCGUCUGUGAACACAGGGGAACAACACAGAUACUCAUAGAGUAUAUUGCUUACUGUAUAUGCCUUACCACUAAGACUAAAAUAUUCUGAAACAUAUAGAGCACUUUUUUAAAUAUAUGCUACAUUGGGGAAAAUGAAAUAAUAUGAUCCCAGUUUUCUAAAGGUCUGCAUCAGUGGCUUGUAGGCUAUGCGUGGAAGCCAGGAGAUUCUAAACGUGUUUGUUAAUUAACGGUAAAUUACCGUGAAACCGGCAGUUAUUUGCUUGACAAUCACCAGCUGACAAUUUCAUGACCGCCAAAGCCCUAUUUGUGCGUAUGGAAAAUGUCUGGGAUGAUUUAUUUCAGCUCAUGAAACAUGGGACUAACACUUCACAUGUUGCGUUUAUAGUUUUGGUCUUUAGAGUAACUUGUAUUUUUAACAAGAUACGUUUUGAUGCGUCCUUUGCCCCAUCUCUGCAAGUAAUGUGUGGUCACUUUCUACUUGGAACAUCCUACAUUUCUAAUAAUAAGUCUGAUAAAUCCAUUUAAUAUAGCCUACACCAUCACAAUAAAUCCAUUCUUUAUUUUAGACGGGUCUAAAGAAACAUGAUACGAAGAAAAUGUAGUCUAUUUCAGAAAAACAGAAUAGCAUACUCUGAGUUGUCCUUAUAUUAGGCCCUGAUCUGGCUAUGCCAUAUGGCUGUGGGCUACACUAGUUCAUUUUGCAGACAAGAUUUGCUUAGAAUUCCGUGGCAUUAUUUUUUAUUAUUUUAUAGUAUGAAGAAUACAAUUGAACAUAGCUGAAUAAAAUAGAGGAUAUUUUCACCAAACGAUUUCCAAGGAAGUGCGCACAUGCGGCUAUUCUGUGUUGAGUGGUUAACAAAGAAACAGGUCCUCCUAUAUGCUUCAUUUGGUUAUUUAUGCAACUUUAGUUGUGAUACAAAGGUUGGGCUAUAUGUUUAGAUUUUUAAUACAUUCUAAGGCAUGAUGCGACCUAAUGAUGAUUUGAAAAAAGUCGCAUGAAAGGCAUGAUCACUGCAUUGUUUUUUGCGCAGGCUGUACACACUUCAUCACUCUUAUUCACAAUUUGACAAGCACUUGAUAAUAUUCUCACCAGGCCUCGAAUUUCCCAGCGGCAUCCCCCUUGUGUGGCUGUAAUACCCCCUAAAAAUCCAUGCCUUUUGUGGCAAAAUAUAUAAUAUAAUGAUAAUUCCUUUCUCCUGGCUGCCGUGCUCCGAAGCACUUCUCACUCACAUGGCUCUCUCAGAUAUCUAAAUUCUUAUUAGCCAAUGCCCGUCACGUGAUCGGGUCCUUCUCACAGGCAUGUAGGCUAAAAGUGAAGACCGACACAUCGGGGACGCGCUCUUAUCGAAUUGCAAGGCACAUAUUGAAGAUGUUAGAAGCACUGUCGACAUUUAGCCUACUUUUCGUCAGCCAACAAGAUGAGUAAGCCUAACGACCAGCAAACGCACUAGCCUAUGUCAAUCUACUAUGCCCAAUAGUACAAAAGUUGACAUGUUCUAUUGGUCAACUUGUCCUUCUGUGCAAUAAAUAAAUAUUCCAAACACACUCUGGGACAGAAGUAAUACAACCACUCGGAUCAAAAAAACCUUGUAAAAGCAAUGAGGCUGAUGGAACAGAUCAGAACGUUUAGUUUAAAAUGUUGAUAAACUAUUAGGCUAUUUCUUCACAUUAUAAGCGCAGCAAUGCAUACACGGCAGUAGGCUAUAAGUGCAAAUGCUCAAAUCAAUUAGCAGGAAAACACUGUUCUCAAGUGACUGCAAUGGUGAAAAUGAUCUUCCUCAAACUUGAAACUCGCGCGCCGCCUAUGUAUGCCAGUUAGGCUCUACACUGUUUGUAAAGCAGAUGAAUGUGCUUAAUUUUAAGAAGUUAUUUGGCCACUUUUUAGUUGUGAUACAAACCUUAUCAAAACAUAUAGGCCUAUGGGCUAGGCUACAUGAGGUGUGCUACUAUGAUUUGAAAAAGUAGCAAAAAAAAGGCUUGCGCUGUUUCUUGCCGUACUGCACACACUGGGCAUCAUUCACAAGUGAUAGGCUAAUAGUCACCCAUCAGACUAUUCUUAAUUUAAUGUUGUCUUUACAUAUACUAAAUAAUAUGUGUGAAAUUAGUUUUGAUUUAGAAUGGACCAUUAUCAUGCACCUGUCGUAACAGGGGCAGGGUAAAAAAUAGACAACAUCUAUGCACUUAAAUAGCGAAUGGAGGACGUUUUUCCGUGGUUCAUUUUCAUGCCAGUCAUGUAGGCUAUACUCCUGUUGUAAAGCGAAGCAAUGUGCUUAAUAUUAGGAAAGUUGAUCAAUAUAGUAGGCCUAGCCUAUAGAAAGCUGAUGGGAUCCUCUUUUUAAUAGAGGCCAUCAACUGUUUUCUCAGGCAAUUGCAUAGCCUAUAGAAAUGUUGCGUAACAUGAGCUCAUGGGCUCUCAUGAAGUGUUUGAUUAGAUUUUUGAUUUAAUUUGCAUUGAUGUCAGUGAUUAGAGGGACAAUAGAGUGCUGAGUACCAGGCAGUUAGCAAGUUUGGUAAGCUAGUAAUGACCAUCAGCAGUAUCAGAGCUUGGAGAAGACUAGUUACCGUGACUAAACGGUCACGUGAAAUUUGACUGCGGUCAUGACUCCUGACCGCCGGUCUGGCGGUAAUACGGUCAACGUAACAGCCCUACGCACAAAAAGCAAACAUUUUGUGCACAAAUUUGUUUACAUUGCUGUUAGUGAGCAUUUCUCCUUUGCCAAGAUAAUCCAUCCACCUGACAGGUGUGGCAUAUCAAGAAGCUGAUUUAAACAGCAUGAUCAUUACACAGGUGCACCUUGUGCUGGGUACAAUAAAAGGCCACUCUAAUAUGUGCAAUUUUGUCACACAACACAAUGCCACAGAUGUCUCAAGUUUUGAGGGAGCGCGCAAUUGGCAUGCUGACUGCAGGAAUGUCCACCAGAGCUGUUACCAAAUAAUUGAAUGUUAAUUUCUCUACCAUAAGCCAAUUUGGAGAAUUUGGCAGUAUGUCCAACCGGCCUCACAACCGCAGACCACAUGUAACCACACCAGCCCAGGACCUCCACAUCCGACUUCUUCACUUGCUGGAUGGUCUUAGACGAGCUGUGGGUUUGCACAACCAAAUAAUUUCUGCACAAACUGUCAGAAACUGUGUCAGGAAAGCUCAUCUGCGUGCUCGUCAUCCUCACCAGGGUCUUGACCUGACUGUAGUUUGGUGCCGUAACCGACUUCAGUGGGCAGAUGGCCACUGGCACGCUGGAUGAAUCCCGGUAUGGUGUUGUGUGGGCGAGUGGUUUGCUGAUAUCAACGUUGUGAACAGAGUGCGCCAUGGUGGCGGUGGGUUUAUUGUAUGGGCAGGCAUAAGCUACGGACAACAAACACAAUUGCAUUUUAUCGAUGGAAAUUUGAAUACUCAGAGAUACCGUGACGAGAUCCUGACGCCCAUUGUCAUGCCAUUCAUCUGCCAACAUCACCUCCUGUUUCAGCAUGAUAAUGCACAGCCCCAUGUUGCAAGGAUCUGUACAUAAUUUCUGGAAGCUGAAAAUGUCCCAGUUAUUCCAUGGCCUGCAUACUCACCAGACAUGUCACCCAUUGAGCAAGUUUGGGAUGCUCUGGUUCGAUGUGUACGACAGCGUGUUCCAGUUCCCACCAAUAUCCAACAACUUCGCACAGCCAUUUAAGAGGAGUGGGACAAUAUUCCACAAGCCACAAUCAACAGCUUGAUCAAGAUGUCGUGGUGCAUGUGGCAAAAGGUGGUCACACCAGAUACUGACUGGUUUUCUGAUCCACACCCCUACCAACAGAUGCAUAUCUGUAUUCCCAGUCAUGUGAAAUCCAUAGAUUAGGGCCUAAUUUAUUUAUUUCAAUUGACUGAUUUCCUUAUGUGAACUGAAAUUGUUGCAAAUAUGUCCGCAUGCUUCCCAACCGAAACAGUUCGGUAGAGUUUGUUCAUAUAUUAUGUCGACAUUUUGUGACGUUGUUCGUUUUGGACUUCAUUUUGGGCACAAUUUUUUCUGGAUGCAAGCCAAAGCUCGGAGCCGAAGUCUACGCCCUUCCGUUGGUGAUUGGUCAACAGUAGAGAUUCUUCAAUAAAGUCUGUCAUUCAAUGAGAGAUGACUCGUUUUCAUGCAAAUUUUUCAUUGGAAAAUACUGCACCAAACAUCUUAGUUAGAUGUAAAAUUGAGGGACUAAGAACUCUUCGGCAAAAACAAAAGAAUUUAUGAAAUUUCUUGACUUGUCUAAGAUUAAUUCUGACUAUUUUUGAGGAAGUGUAUACUGGCUACGGCAUCUCAAAAUGGACAAACAGUACUAUUGCCGCGUUUUUCUCGUUUUUCAAGCUAAAGCUCCUUGUGGCCAAACCCUCCCCUAACCCGGCCAAACCCUUUCCUAAACCAGAUGACGCGGGGCCAAUUGUGCGCCGCCCUAUGGGACUCCCGGUUGUGACACAGCCUGGGAUUGAACCCGGGUCUGUAGUUACUCCUCAAGCACUGCGAUGCAGUGCCUUAUACCGCUGCACCACUCGGGAGGCCAAGCAAAGGUCUUUUAAGGGAGUAUCCGAGCACACUCGCUGGAUUCGGCUAGCCGAAGCAUGCUGACGCCUGAAGUCACUCUGGAUAAGAGUCUCUGCUAAAUGUCCAAAAUGUAAAACUGAAAAAGUGCAAAGCACACUGUAUUAUUGCCUUUGUUUCAGGGGCGGAGCUAAUUAGAAUAAUACCCAUCAUGCUUUGCAAGUGUUCAUUUUUAUAUUUACAUUUUGGUCAUUUAGCAGACACUCUUAUCACACCGUAAUGCCGUCUAACUUAUGAUACCACAGUGGCGCAGUGGUCUAAGGCGCUGCAUCGCAGUGCUAGCUGUGCCACUAGAGAUCCUGGUUAGAGUCCAGGCUCUGUCGCAGCCGGCCGCGACCGGGAGACCCAUGGGCGGUGCACAAUUGGUCCAGCGUCGUCCAAGGUAGGGGAGGGUUUGGCCGGCAGGGAUGUGGGUUCGUUUCCCACGGGGGGGCCAGUAUGAAAAAUAAAAAAAUAAAAAAAAUACAUGUAUGCAUUCACUAACUGUAAGUCGCUCUGGAUAAGAGCGUCUGCUAAAUGACUAAAAUGUAAAUGUAAAUACCAAUGCAGGGUGAAAGGGGCCAAAUUGUUGUGAACCGCUAUUUAAACAAUUAUUUUGAAAUGACAAAUUACAGGUCUCGAAAGUUUUUGAAAUAUUUAAAUUACAUGUAACAGAAAUACUGCCCAUCUCUGAUUACAAUGAUAAUAUGUGAUUAAAUGACAGUUAGUUAAAAUGUUAGUGAUUAGAUUACUAGGAUUUCAAUAACUGUGUUUCUCUUCAGCUCCUCCACCUGGCUCUGUCUGUCACUCUGGCCCCAAUGAAAGACAGUUCUGCUGCUUGGCCUGGAAGGAAAGGACAAAUGGAUAAAAUAUUAAGUAAAAAUCACCCAAAAUACUCUGGCCUUCAUUGCUAGAAUAUCAUGUCAAGAAAUACAAACAAACUGAUGAUUUCAAUUCACUGCUGUUUUCUUGACUAUAGUACAAUAUUUUGUAUCUGUGUUUGAUACAUUGGUCUUUAGAGUAUGUUGAAUUUGUAACAAGAUACAUUUUGAUGUAUAUUUUGCUCAUCUCUGUAUGUCAUGUGUUGUUGAUGUUCGACAACUCACUCGCGUCGUGUGUGGUGAGGACUACAGACUACAAAGGCAAAUCCAGCUGUGCGGUGCCCACCGAAGCCUCCCAGACAAGCUUAACACAUGCUAUGCUCGCUUUGAGGCAGACAAUACCGAGCCAUCCAGGAAGACUCUGUUCUCACCAGGAAGACUCCAGGUGAUUUCGCUCUCCGAGGCUGGCGGGCAUCUUCUGACAUUUUCAACCUGUCCCUCUCCCAGGCUGUAGUCCCCACCUGCUUUAAGGAGACCACCAUCGUCCCAGUGCCCAAGAAAAACAAGGUGACAUGCCCAAAUGACUAUCGCCCCGUCGUGCUCAACUUGGUCAUUAUGAAGUGCUUCGAGUGGCUCAUCAUGGCCCACAUGAAGGCCAGCAUGACAGGCACACUGGACCCACUCCAAUUUGCCUACCAUUUCAACAGAUCCACGGAAGAUGCCAUUUCCAUCACUAUUCACACGGCCAUAACACAUCUGGACAAGAGGAACACCUAUGUGAGAAUGCUGUUUAUUGACUACAGUUAUUGUUCCCUCCAAGCUCGACACCAAACUCAGAGCCCUGGAACUGGACACCACCCUCUGCAACUGGAUCCUGGUGUGUCCUCAGUCCUCUGCUGUACUCCCUGUUCACCCACGACUGUGUGGCUUUGCACGACAUCAACUCCAUCAAGUUUGCUGACGACACCACGGUUGUAGGGCUGAUCACCAACAAUGACGAGUCCGCCUAUAGGGAGGAGGUAAUUGAACUGGCAUUGUGGUGUCAUGACAAACUUCUCCCUCAAAGUCAGUAAAACAAAGGAGUUGAUUGUUGACUUCAGGAAGCAGAGGGGGAACAUGCCACGACCCACAUCAACAGGACAGCAAAAGUAAAAGUCCCUAGUUUUAAGUUCCUCUGUGUCCACAUCACCGAGGACUUGUCAUGGACCAACAACACCACCACUCUUGUCAAGAGGGCACAACAGCGUCUCUACCCCAUGUCUCUCACCCUGGGUCCUCUCCAAAUACUAUCACUGCACCAAGGAGAGCAUCCUGACCGGUUGCAUCAUGGCCUGGUACGGGAAUUGCUCCCUCCCUGACCGCAAGGCCCCCCCAGCGGGUGGUGAAGAUGGCCCUGUACAUCACUGGGACCGUGCGCCCACCCAUCCAGGACAUCUACUCAAAAAGGUGCCUCAGGAAGGCACGCAGCAUCAUCAAGGACCCCACACAACCCAGCCACGAGCUGUUCUCUCCCUUACUGUCGGGCAUAUGGUAUCGGAGAAUGAGGUCUGAUGCUCAGAGACAGUUUCUAUCUACAAGCCAUCAGACUGCUGAACACUUUAACUGGACUGACCACCUGCUCUGAUUCUCAGCGCCUUAGCACACACACACACACACACACACACACAUUCCAUUCAUGCUACACACACAUAACAGCUGCUGCUACCAGACUCUUAUUAUACUGCGCAAUUUACCCUUCCCCAAUACACGUGUAAAUAUUGGACAAUUAAUUGUGCCUUCCUGUAUUAUACUUAUUCUAGAAUGUAUUAUUCUAUUCUACUGCCAUUUAUUUUAUGUUUGAAUUAUCUUUCAAUAUUUCUUAUUGUUGCAUUGUCGAGAAGGAACCUGCGAGGUAAGCAUUUCGUUGGAUGUUGUAUACCAUGCGUAUCCCGUACAUACGACUAAUAAAACUUGAAACUGAACGGUAGUAAGUAAAUGAGAUGUAGCUGCAUCACUGUACCUGUGUUCUGUCUCCAGUUCCUCCACCUUGUUCUUGUGGAACUGCAGUUCAGUGACACUCAGCUCCACUGUCAGAACAUCAACCUGGCAGUCACUCAGGCCACCAUGUAGGUCUGGGCGAUAUACCGUAUUUUAUUAUAAACCGGUAUUGAUGCACCGACCUGUUUUGGGUUUUUACUUUACAUAACAGUAUUUCAAUGUUUGGUUUGUUAAUUGUGUUACGCCACUCCGCCGCGUGUAAUAAUGUCAGUUUUUAUAGUUUGCUACUUGAGUUGUCUCUCUCCUUCCACACACCAAGCCCCGCCUCCUGUCAGUUUUUGCGCUACCACGAGUCACAACAACCACUCGCAGAGACAGUCUGCAUGGUCAAUGCCGCAGAUGUUGGUGACGAUGCUGCUUUCCACUUUGAUUCUUUAAUAUAAAUCCACAAUCGUUCUAUAAUCGCACUUAGUUCGUGUAUUUUACUGUCUGCAAACAGCAAGUUGUGGCUAAAAUAAAUUGUGUUAGCCGCUAAUGCUAAUCGCUAGCUAAAUGUAGUUAGUAAGCGCAAACGUAGCUAGCUGUCCCAUACAGCCUGAUACCAGUGCUGAUUUGUAUUUUAGCUAUGUCAAACCUACAGUUAAGUGAAAAAAUUUAAUGUAACAUUAAUUAGGGUCUACUGGGAAAAACUUACCAACACUUUGGUUCCUACCCUGUCACAAAAACCCCUCCCUGGCAUUUUCAUUAGUUGUCAUGUCAAACAACACUGUAUUCAAAGUGCCCACUAUAUUACAACUUUUGGUGGAAGCUUUAUUGAACAGUAUAACACAAUCACAAUGGACAAAGCCUAAUUAAAAAUGCUUAGAAUGUAUUGCCACCCUAGGGCCAUGCCCUACUCAUAAAGCACGUUUUAGAACUUUUAUUAUUCAAAAACCACAAAUAUCAUCCAAAAAUAUUGUGGUAUGAUAUUUUGGCAAUAUUGCCUGGUCCUACCCCCAUGUUCCUCAGCUCCACUCUCUCUUCCACCACCAUGUCUCUCAGCUCCUUCAGCUCAGUCCAGAUGUCAGGCUGGUUGGUAAACUGUUCAACAUCACUCUCCCUGCUCGCUCUCCCUUCACUGUGACCCUGUUGAGUGAUGUCAUUCUCUCUCACCCUGGCACUCUCUCCCUGAACCCAUGCUGCAGACAGAGAGAACAGCAACACCAGCAGAGCUACAGCACCCUCCAUUCUAUACAAUGCCUCUUCAGAGCUAAAUCAAUCUACUGAGCUCAGUCCCCAUGUCUUUUUACACUGGUCUUGGUGAACCAAUACAUGGGAACUUGAAAAGGUGGCAUCAGUGGAACAUACACUACAUGACCAAAAGUAUGUGGAAACCUGCUUGUCGAACAUUUCAUUCCAAUAUCAUGGCUGUUAAUAUGGAGUUAGUUCAUCCUUUGCUGCUAUAUAACAGCCUCCACUCUUCUAGGAAGCCUUUCCACUAGAUGUUGGAACAUUGCUGCGGGUACUUGCUUCCAUUCAGCCACAAAAGCAUUUGUGAGGUUGGGCACUGAUGUUGGGCGAUUAGGCCUGGCUUGCAGUCGGCGAUCCAAUUCAUCCCAAAGGUGUUCGAUGGGGUUGAGGUCAGGGCUCUGUGCAUGCCAGUCAAGUUCUUCCACAUCGAUCUCAACAAACCAUUUAUGUAUGGACCUCACUUUGUGCACAGGGGUUUUCAUGCUGAAACAGGAAAGGGCCUUCCCCAAACUGUUGCCACAAAGUUGGAAGCACAGAAUCGUCUAGAAUGUCAUUGUAUGCUGUAGUGUUAAGAUUUACCUUCACUGGAACUCAGGGGCCUAGCUCGAACCAUGAAAAACAGCCCCAAACCAUUGUUGCUCCUCCACCAAACUUUACAGUUGGCACUAUGCAGGUAGCGUUCUCCUGGCAUCCGCCAAACCCAGAUUCAUGCGUCGGACUGCCAGAUGGUGAAGCAUGAUUCAUCACUCCAGAGAACGCGUUUCCACUGCUCCAUAGUCCAAUAGUGGUGGGCUUUACACCACUCUAGCCGACGCUUGGCAUUGCGCAUGGUGAUCUUAGGCUUGUGUGGCUGCUUGGCCACGUAAACCCAUUUCAUGAAGCUCCCAACGUACAGUUCUUGUGCUGAUGUUGCUUCCAGAGGCAGUUUUGAACUCGGUAGUGAGUGUUGCAACCGAGGACAGACGAUUUUUACAUGUUACGCGCUUCAGUACUCGGUGAUCCCGUUCUGUGAGCUUGUGUGGCCUACCACUUCGCGGCUGAGCCGUUGUUGUGCCUAGACGUUUCCACUUCACAAUAACAGCACUUACAGUUGACCGUGGCAGCUCUAGCAGGGCAUACAUUUGACUAACUGACUUGUUGGAAAGGUGGCAUCCUGUGACAGUGCCACGUUGAAAGGCACUGAGCUCUUCAGUAAGGCCAUUCUUCUGCCAAUGUUUGUCUAUGGAGAUUGCAUGGCGGUGUGCUCGAUUUUAUACACCGGUCAACAGGUGUGGCUGAAAUAGCCGAAAACCACUAAUUUGAAGGGGUGUCCACAUACACUAUAUAUACAAAAGUAUCUUGAUGAUUGCCCGGUCAUAUGGUCAGGUGCUGCACAGAAGGACCUAGAAAAACUGCAGCUGGCCUAGAACAGAGUGGCACGUCUUGCUCUUCACUGUAAUCAGAGGGCUAAUAUCAAUACUAUGCAUGCCAGUCUGUCUUGGCUAAAAGUAUAGGAGAGAUUGACUGCAUCGCUUCUUAUUUUUAUAAGAAACAAUGUGUUAAAUUCUGAAUUGUUUUCAUAUUCAACUUACACACAGCGCUGACACACACACACCUACCCCACCAGACAUGCCAGCAGGGGUCUUUUCACAGUCUCCAAAUCCAGAACAAAUUAAAAAAACUACAGUAUUUUAUAGAGCCAUGAUUGCAUGGAACUCCUUUCCAUCUCAGAUCGCUAAAGUGAAAAGCAAACCUGGUUUCAAAAAACAGAAGGCAACACCUCCCCUAUUUGACCUAGAUCUUUUGUGUGUAUGUACUGAUAUAUGUAGUUUAUGUGACAUCUUAAAUGCAUGUAGUUAUGUCCUUGAGCUUUUCUUUUUGAUUAAUGUUCUCUAUUAUGCCAUGUUUUGUGUGGACCCCAGGAAGAGUAGCUGCUGCUUUCGCAACAGCUAAUGGGGAUCCUAAUCAAAUACCAACAUUUGGAGAACAUAGCCAAGGACUAUGUGUGACGUAAGAGUACACAGGUUAAUGAUUAUGAGGUAUGAUAUAGGACACUAGGAAGUGCAGAUAAUGAUAGUAGUAAUAAUAAUAGGAAUAAUGUUAUUUAUAAAGAUGUUUUAUUGCGUGGUCAAAGUGACAUGCUAACAUAGGAGCCAAGGGUUCCACUUUUAUUUUAGACGGCUGCUUUUCUCAAGAUUUGUCCCAGUAAUCUCAAAAAGCUUGUUUACAAUAUUCUUUAUUACAAACGACGAAUGGCAUGUAGAUCAGUGCUGAUGUUAAAUUUGAUCUAAUUUAAGGUGUCUGUGUCUGUGUGUGAUCCCUGUAGGAGACGUACCAGUCGGUGUAUAACUGGCAGUUUGUCCACUGCCUGUACCUGUGGUGUCGUGUGCUCAGCACGCUGCACCCUAGCGACGUCCUGCAGCCCCUCAUCUACCCACUGUGCCAGGUCAUAGUGGGCACCAUCAAGUGGGUACACACACAGACACACACACACACACACACACACACAUAGAAAUGAUUGUUUGGCCCGCUAUAGAAUUUCUUAAUCUCGAUGUGGCCCUCGAGACUCCUGAACAGCUAAUCAUUGCUACCCGGACUAUUUGCACUGCCCCCCCACCCCCCUCUUUUACGCUGCUGCUACUCUGUCUAUUAUUUAUGCAUAGUCACUUUAACUCUACCCACGUACAUAUUACCUCGACUAGCCAGUGCCCCCGCACAUUGACUCUGCACCAGUACCCCCCUGUAUAUAGCCUCCCUACGUUUUUUUUAUGUUACUGCUGCUCUUUAGUUAUUUGCUUUUAUUUUUUUUACUUAACACUUUAAAAAAUUAAAAAUAAAUAAAAAUGCAUUGUUGGUUAAGGGCUUGUAAGUAAGCAUUUCACUGUAAUGUCUACACCUGUUGUAUUUGGCGCAUGUGGCAAAUACAAUUUGAUUUGAUUUGAGCCAAAUGUAUUGCCCACCUCUGCCCUAAAAACAAGUUGUACUUCACACUUCCACCAGCAGAUGGUAGUGUUAACCACUGAAUCUGUAUCGGUCUUGCUGUGCAGGCUGGUGCCCACGUCACGCUACUACCCUCUGAGGAUCCACUGUGUGCGUGCCCUCACCCUCCUCUCUGGCAGCACACACACCUUUGUGCCCGUUCUGCCCUUCCUACUGGAGGUAAGAGCCAAAUCCACCCAUCACCAUCUCUCCUCUACCCCCUAUGCUAAGGGUGCCCAACCUUCCCCCAAGAGCACUACCCUCCUAAGCCUGUAUUCACAAAGCGUCUCCCAGUAGGAGUGCUGAUCUAGGACCAGUUUUGCCUUUUUUCCUUAAUAAUGAAUAAUAUUACAUGGACAGGAGGGACCUGAUCCUAGAUCAGCACUCCUACUCUUAGAUUCUUUGUGAAUACGAGCCCUGAAGGAUUUUGCUCCAACCCUAGUCUAGGUAUCACACCUAAUUUGAACUGGUUAGAUGCUCACCGGACCAUGAUUUGCUGAAUCUGGUAUGUUAACUUUCAAAAGGGUUGGAUCAAAACCCUGCAUACCCAGUAGCUCACUAUGAGGAGGGUUGGCCACCCCUGCCCUAAGCACUUGUGUAGCCUUGAUCUGAAGGGGUUGAUUAGAUGGUAGCAAUAUGACAAGAGGACAACCUUGGGCAACAAAACCAAUGGAAACAAACAACUUGGGUGGGAGUGAUGCAACAUUUUCUCAGGUGUCAGUGGAAAACACAGUCCAGUGUAUCAAGGCAGUUAGCGUGGUCUCAACGGCUAACAACGGCAUAGGCUCUGAACGAUGAGGGGGAGGAAGUACAUCUGAGGGUUGUGUGUGCGCGUUAGACACCUUUGUUAUCAGGGUAAGUCACAAACUGUCAACAUGUUUGGCUGUGUGCGUGUGGGUUUGGCUUGUGAGUAUAUGUGGUGUGCAUGUCCGUGUGUGUGUGUGUGUGAUGUGUGUGUUUAUAUAUGAUUCUAUAUAUGGUGCAGGGUUUGACAAACUUUUUUUUGCCACUUGUCCUUAGGACAAGUAGGACAGAUUUUUUUCACUUGUCCAAAAGUAAGAAAUUGUAUGUAACACCAUUUUUGCAUCAUUGUAUGAUACAAGCAACCACUUUACAAAAUAAAAUGCAUUACCAUCUUUUUUACCAUAGAGAAUCAGACAAAAAUGUAGGCUACACUCUGCCUAUUGGCUUCUUUGCAUAUUCAAGCCUGUCUCAAAAUACAACACUGCCCCUUUAAGGUUGGCCACCCUUGGUAGCCUAUAAAAUAUUGCAACAUUACAAUUUAUAACCAAAUACUUUUUCUGUCUUUUAUAAAAUAAUUUGCUCCAGAGCUCAAAAUGAAGGGCGUCCCGUUGUCCCUGGCAUGAUAAUUUUUUUUGUCUAUGGUUCAAAACGCACUCUGGGACAGUUCUGGGACGACAAAUCCAAAAUUCAUACAACCACUGCACAUACAUUUUAAAAAAAAAAGUAAUGAGGCUGAUGCAACAGAUCAGACCGUUUAGCUUAAAAUGUUGACAAAGUUUUAUUUCUUAAUAUUAUAAGCUCAACAUUGUGCACAUGACUGUAGGCUACGUGCAAAUGUUCCAAAAUGCAAUUAGCGAGAGAACACUGUUAUCAAAAGCGCAUUGCACGCGCAAGCUGUUUCAUGUGACUGAGAUGAAAAUAUCCGUUAGCAAUGAAGAAAGAGGAGCUCUGAAGAUGCAUGGAUUACUAAUAUGACUAGGAUUAUGCCGAUAUGCUGCUGGACAAUAAAAUAAAGUUGAUUUGAAAACCAAUAAAACAGAAAUGCUGGUUUCAAUGGCAUAUUAAGUGUUUAUAAAAUAAUUCCCUCAACAUUUUUAUGGUCGUAUUUGGCGAAGUAAGACAUGCUUCAUUAAAUGACAUAAAACGUCCAGGUUUUAAACAAUUACAUUUUAAAGUUACAUAUUUUCAAGAUGCUAACCACCUCUGCUCAGAUUUGAGGUGGGUGAGGUGCGGUGCACAACAAGCACUGUCCUUCACUCUCCGGUCUUGUGACCAUUUGAUUUGAAUGAACCGUGCCUCGAGUAUGUCGAAAGAAUCAAGCCUUUAGAUGGUAAUGUUAAUUAUUCUUCAUUAUAUUUGUCAAACAUGACUGUCGUUUAGCUUAUGUUUAUGUAAUUCAAAGUCUCAUGAAAGUUUGGCUACAUUUUCUGGCGCCUCCCUCAUGUUAGCAUCAGUUUGGACAUUAAGCUGUAGCUGAUAUGCAUAACACCUACACUUCGACAUCUAGGCUUUUUUAUUUAUAUACAUGGAAAAUAGAUGUAAUAUUAUUCCAAUGUUGACCUCUCUGAUCCAAUUCUGAUCGGAGUAAUUGAUUUUGUGUGAUUUUUGUAUUUACUUUUACUUGUCCAUUCGGACAACUUCGAUCGAUUCUUCUUGUCUGACAAUUUUUUUGGGUGUUGAUGUCGAGCCCUGUGAUAUGUGUCUUAGUGAGUGCUAGCCUCCUGUGGUAAGCUAACAUGAGAACGGUAGUAUGGAGGUGACAGCUUGGCCUUGUGGGAGUGGUCACCAUGAUGGUCUGGUGUGUGUUGGUCUGACCAGAGCGAUAAAGCCCAGGCUGUGGUUUUACACUGCUUCUAACGUGCUCUGCAGACCACAUCCUCUCUGUCUACGGCGCAGCCAUUCACCCCCUAGCACACAUACUCCAAGACCCCCUCACAGCGCACAUUGUUUAUUUGUGAUGCACCCCAUUGCCUGUUUAUAAUUUUUUUUAACUGUUCCCCUCGUUAAAGAGAAAAGAGGCUGAGGUGUGCGCUGCUACUGUUUUUUAAUUAGAGCAGCAGAAAAGCACCCCCCUCGUCCUCCCCUGUUUGUGUGUGGGUGGGGGGUGGCCGGCUGCGACAUAGGCAGAGAGGAUGUGGUCUGCAGAGAGUGCAUUAGUAAACCUGCCAACCUGCAUGCAUUUUGCAUACCAUGCAUGCAAUUUGAGGUCUAAGUACGCUGGUAUGAAAAACGACCCUAAAAUAGGCUUCUAGUAGGCACAUUGUGGUUUUUGUCUCUAGUUCUCUGCUCAGGCCCACCCCAGUAGUCAUAGUACUACUUAUUUACCUCCCUCAACCUGGAUGGCAGCUCUCCAGUUUAUUCAUUGAUACCACUGAUGUGUGAGGAAAAAGGGGAAAAUGGAGAAUGAACUGUUUGCCAAAUACAUUUUCCAUAAUGAUAUGUUAGUCAAGCACAUAACCACUAUUAUUUUGUAGUUAGCUCCUUAGCUAAGGCUAACCACGGCAGGUAGCCUAGCAGUUAAGAGCGUUGGGCCAGUAACCAAAAGGUCGCUGGUUCGAAUCCCCAAGCCGAGUAGGUAACAAAACCUCAUGGGUGGCGCACAAUUGGCCCAGCGUCGUCCAGGGUAGGGGAGGGAAUGGCCGGCAGGGAUGUAGCUCAGUUGAUAGAGCAUGGCGUUUGCAACGCCAGGGUUGUGGGUUCGAUUCCCAUGGGGGGCCAGUAUAAAAAAAAAUAUAUAUAAUGUAUUCACUAACUGUAAGUCGCUCUGGAUAAGAGCGUCUGCUAAAUGACUAAAAUGUAAAUGUAAAACAGUCGCUGUGCCCUUGAGCAAAGCACUUAACCCUAAUUUGCUAAAGGGGCGCCAUACAAUAGCUGACCCUGUAACACAGCACAUUCCAUAUGCUUUGAUCUCCGCAACGGUAAGUAGGCACGAGCGCAUUGACAAGCAAGGAAACAUCAAGCAAGGAAACGUGCGGUGUUGUGGUAGUUCAGUGCGCAUCACUGUGUGGAUGGAAACAUACAUACAUUUUAGUCAUUUUAGCAGACGCUCUUAUCCAGAGCGACUUACAGGAGCAAUCAGGGUUAAGUGCCUUGCUCAAGGGCACAUCGACAGAUUUUUCACCUAGUCGGCUCGGGGAUUAGAACCAGCGACCUUUCGGUUACUGGCACAAUACUCUUAACCACUAAGCUACCUGCCGAGCUGUUCCGCUAAUACGUCCUUCACAGAAAGUUAUGUUAGACUGUUAAACAUUAGUAGGCCUAUGUUAAUUAAUUAUUGAUAUGUCUUCUUGAUUUAGCUGCAUAUCAACAAUAGGCUGCUAAUGAGGUGAUAAUAGUUCACCAAUGACAGACAACAAGGCAUGUUGAAUGAAUCGUAGUCUAGUAGUCAGACCUAGUUUGAUUAGGUCAGGGAUGGAGAUCUGAAACAAGCUCCUAUAGGCCUAGUUCAGUUGUUUCAUAUUACAAAUAGCCUACAGUAAACUAGACUACUACAUUGCAUCAAGUAAUUUAAUUAUUCUGAAUUUUCUCCCCAAACAAAAUUUAAGAAGCCCGUUUACAUUUUCAAUCGACUAUCCACAUAUUUAGAAAAAUCAUUACCCCAAAAUGUAACCUAGAAAAAUGUGAAAGUGUCAUUGAGACCACUUCAAUUUCAUUUAGGAUCAAACACAAGACUUCUGUGUUGGCUACAAUGUUUGAUAUACUUUAAGAGUCUAGGUUUCAGCGAAUGUCAGUUACAGGUUUUUCAAAAAUGCUUCCUGAGGGGGGAGUAUCAAACCUUAGGCCUACAUCAGCACCACCUUGUCAGAAAAUCAUAGGGAGUGCCCUGGUUGUACAUUCAAACAUAUUUCUAGUUAGCUACUGAAGAGAAGCCAAUUACCAAGUACCCAUAACCGUCUAUAGCCUACCAUUCCUACUGAGGCAGUCUUCUGCCAACAUCAUUAUUAGGCUAAAAAAGGUGCAUUAGCCUAUGAUUUGAGGCAAAUGCAGCAUCGUGGGGGCCGAGUGUGCCGUCGCUGAAGUGGUACUCAUAAAAAUGUCUUGAGUUGGGAGCAGAGUGUAAACCACAGCCUGGUCUUUAUUGGUCUGUUCAAACCGUUCACACACGAACAAGCGGUCGCCUACAUACUGCCGUUCUCAUGCUAGCUUACCGCAGGAGGCUAACAAUCACGAAGACACACACACACUCCAUAUACAAUAACAUAGACCACACCAUCAUACACACACGUGCAUGCACACCACACAUACUCGUGUGUGGGAGUGUGUUCUCUCUGUGUGUGUGUCUAGUGGGCAGACCGUCACCACAUCCAAAGUUUGUACAGACAGACCCGGCCAUGAGUGCUCCUGCACACAAAUUCACAGCCACUUGUUCACUGCACCAAAUCACUCUUUCAAUUUGGAUGCAUAUUCAAUCUAAGUAUCUGCUCCAAACUGAUAACUACUGAACCAAAAUUAUGUAGUGUCUAGUUAACGUAUUUAUUGUAGUUUGAUAACUGCGGAACACUGUACACUGUACUAUAUUUUUACCUCAUAAAUGUAUUCAUUUGACAUCAAUUUAUGUUGGAAGGUAAAACCAAAUCAUAUAUGGAUGUGGCUGUAAAUACUACAUCAUCAUUCACCAUCAGCCAGUGUGCUUCAAUAGGACAAAGUGGAAAGAUUCACUCUAUGUUCUACCAUUUGGAAUUAUAGUGUAGUGUACGGAGAGCUGAAAUACCUUUCAGCUAAUCAGCAUUCAUGGCUCGAACAUCCCAGUUUAUAAAUGGUAUUAUAAACUGGGUGGUUCGAACCCUGAAUGCUGAUUGGCUGACAGCUGUGAUAGAUCAGACCGUAUACCAUGGAUAUGACAAAACAUUUAUAUUUACUACUCUAAUUAUGGUUACUCCUGAGUGGCGCAGUGGUCUAAGGCACUGCAUCGCAGUGCUAACUGUGCCACUAGAGAUCCUGGUUCGAAUCCAGGCUCUGUCGCAGCCGGCCGCGACCGGGAGACUCAUGGGUGGCGCACAAUUGGUCCAGGGUAGGGGAGGGAAUGGCCGGCAGGGAUGUAGCUCAGUUGAUAGAGCAUGGCGUUUGCAACGUCAGGGUUGUGGGUUCGACUCCCAUGGGGGGCCAGUAUAAAAAAAAAAGAUGUAUUCACUAACUGUAUGUCGCUCUGGAUAAGAGCGACUGCUAAAUGAUUAAAAUGUAAAUGUUGGUAACCAGCUUAUAAUAGCAAUAAGGCACCUCAGGGUUUUGUGGUAUAUGGCCAAUAUACCAAGGCUAAGGGCUGUAUCCAGGCACUCUGCGUUGCGUCGUGCUUAAGAACAGCCAUUAGCCGUGGUAUAUUGGCCAUAUACCACACCCCCUUGUGCCUUAUUGCAAAUUAUGGUGGAAAAUAAGUAUUUGGUCACCUACAAACAAGCAAGAUUUCUGGCUCUCACAGACCUGUAACUUCUUCUUUAAGAGGCUCCUCUGUCCUCCACUCGUUACCUGUAUUAAUGGCACCUGUUUGAACUUGUUAUCAGUAUAAAAGACACCUGUCCACAACCUCAAACAGUCACACUCCAAACUCCACUAUGGCCAAGACCAAAGAGCUGUCAAAGGACACCAGAAACAAAAUUGUAGACCUGCACCAGGCUGGGAAGACUGAAUCUGCAAUAGGUAAGCAGCUUGGUUUGAAGAAAUCAACUGUGGGAGCAAUUAUUAGGAAAUGGAAGACAUACAAGACCACUGAUAAUCUCCCUCGAUCUGGGGCUCCACGCAAGAUCUCACCCUGUGGGGUCAAAAUGAUCACAAGAACGGUGAGCAAAAAUCCCAGAACCACACGGGGGGACCUAGUGAAUGACCUGCAGAGAGCUGGGACCAAAGUAACAAAGCCUACCAUCAGUAACACACUACGCAGCCAGAGACUCAAAUCCUGCAAUGCCAGACGUGUCCCCCUGCUUAAGCCAGUACAUGUCCAGGCCCGUCUGAAGUUUGCUAGAGUGCAUUUGGAUGAUCCAGAAGAGGAUUGGGAGAAUGUCAUAUGGUCAGAUGAAACCAAAAUAGAACUUUUUGGUAAAAACUCAACUUGUCGUGUUUGGAGGACAAAGAAUGCUGAGUUGCAUCCAAAGAACACCAUACCUACUGUGAAGCAUGGGGGUGGAAACAUCAUGCUUUGGGGCUGUUUUUCUGCAAAGGGACCAGGACGACUGAUCCGUGUAAAGGAAAGAAUGAAUGGGGCCAUGUAUCGUGAGAUUUUGAGUGAAAACCUCCUUCCAUCAGCAAGGGCAUUGAAGAUGAAACGUGGCUGGGUCUUUCAGCAUGACAAUGAUCCCAAACACACCGCCCGGGCAACGAAGGAGUGGCUUCGUAAGAAGCAUUUCAAGGUCCUGGAGUGGCCUAGCCAGUCUCCAGAUCUCAACCCCAUAGAAAAUCUUUGGAGGGAGUUGAAAGUCUGUGUUGCCCAGCGACAGCCCCAAAACAUCACUGCUCUAGAGGAGAUCUGCAUGGAGGAAUGGGCCAAAAUACCAGCAACAGUGUGUGAAAACCUUGUGAAGACUUACAGAAAACAUUUGACCUGUGUCAUUGCCAACAAAUGGUAUAUAACAAAGUAUUGAGAAACUUUUGUUAUUGACCAAAUACUUAUUUUCCACCAUCAUUUGCAAAUAAAUUCAUUAAAAAUCCUACAAUGUGAUUUUCUGGAUAAUUUUUUUUUCUCAUUUUGACUGUCAUAGUUGACGUGUACCUAUGAUGAAAAUUACAGGCCUCAUCUUUUUAAGUGGGAGAACUUGCACAAUUGGUGGCUGACUAAAUACUUUUUUCCCCCACUGUACAUGCACAAUAUGAUUGGUAUUUGUUUAUUUGGAUCCCCAGUAGCUUUUGCAGAAGCCACAGCUACUAAAGGGACACAUCAGCAGGGACACGCAAACACACUCAAAAACCACCAAGCAUAUAGUGUUGGAUGGGUUGUUGUUUUUACUGGUAUGCUUUUUUACGGUCUAACUUUUGCCCAUAUAUUUACAUUGAUCAUUUCUUAAAUGUCUGUCGUCAGGAAUCAAAAUUAUUUUUCCAUUGUACAAGCCCCAUACAUUUUACAUUACAUUUUAGUCAUUUAGCAGACGCUCUUAUCCUGAGCGACUUCAAGUGAUGGUGACGUCCUGGCUUGUGUGUUUUUGAGGGCAGGCACUGUCACUGGUGUUUUGAACGUUGUCUAAUGUGUGUAAAGUUUUUGCUAAUUUAGCAUGACUUCUGAAGGCACACAUUUUGUGUUCUUUUGUGUGUCCUUUAGAUUAUCCAUCAGGUGGACUUUAACAAGAAGCCUGGCCGGAUGAGUGUGAAGCCCAUCAAAUUUGAUGUUAUCCUGAAGCUCAGCAACACCAACCUGCAGGAGAAGGCCUACAGGGUGAGUACCGCUAGUUUAGCAUGUUAACUAAAUAGGCUUGUCUACAACAGGAGAAGACGUGUAUAUACUGGGUAAGUAUUGCUAGCUUAAAUUGUCCUUAAAAUGUAAGCUGUUUCAUCUAACAUAUCCAAGGAAUGCAUGAUUGAUAUUUUGAUGUGCAACCUGUCAAAAUAGGAUCUAGAAUGAUCAGAUUUAUUUUGGGCUCUUCAGAUAAUUUGCAUACGUCUGUGCAUAUUGGCCUAUAGGCUGUAUUAUUCACUACACUGUUGUGCGUGAAAAGCCAAGGAGACCGGCCGUUUCUGAGAUAGUGGAACUGGUGUGCCGGGCACUGACGAUCAUACCGCGCUCAAAGUCGCUUAGGUCACACGUUUUGCACAUUCUAACGUUCAAUUGAACAUUAAGUGAAGGCCUCAUUGCCUGUGUGCCUGCUUUAUAUAGCAAGCCACGGCCACGUGACUCACUGUCUGUAGGAGCAAACCAUUUUUUGUGAGCGUGGUGGUGUAUCUAAUAAACUGGAAAAAUCACAGAAAGCUGUGACUCUCCUCUCUGUAUCUAGAACAACAGUAGUUGCUUGGAAAACUGUAUUUUUCCCGCAAUUGCGUUUUGAGCAACGGUCAUGUGCUUCUCAGAAUGCAUUUCUCCCUCCUCCGUGCGCACAGUGGGGAGAGGGAGUGAGUCAGCAGCCGACAGCGAAACGGGGACAGGCAGAUACUUUCAUAGCAGGAAUCAACAUCAUUGUUACUGUUGACAAAAUAAUGGUUUUAGAACAAUCUACAGGAACGUUGUGUAGCAAAAUCACAGAAAAUUACCUACUUACGCAAAAUGCUUUGGUAAGAGGAAGGCAAUGUCGGUUUCUGUCAUUUUCAGUUUAUUGUCCCAGCUCUACUGUGCAACUUUCCUUUAACUGGGUUAUUUUUAUGACUUGUUCUGGCAGACCUUAUGGUGAUGCACCUGUUUUAUAAUGGUUGCCGAGAUUGUGGUGCCUACAAUGGUGUGGCUUGGUGCCUUUGUACAAGGAUUGAUAGUCUGAUAGAUCAUCGGUCAGGUAUUUCUCUUAGCCCUAGCUAUUUUAGCAUGUCUAGAGGGCAUGUGCAACUAUCUUAGGAUGUCUAUUGUUGGAGUAGCCUAAGUCUACAGGGAGAGAGAGGAUGUCCUUUUAAGAUCAACCUGCGGGAGUUGUGUGAAAAUGGCUCUCGUUGUCCUGCAUCGUCACAUAGUUUAGUUUCAUAUUUUUACUGUAUUAGUUGUUCUGGACUUCCUCAUGAAAAUCCAGUCAGAUUUGAUUAAUAAUUUAUAUGACCGUUAAACAAUUCCUCACAAUUCCACCCUCCCUUAAAUUAAAAAAAAAUAUCUAAAGAUUCCAGAUUAGAUUAUGGUGCACAACUCAACCUAUUGUCUGUGUAAUAUAAUAACGAUGGCAUUUACAAGGCAACAAGAGCAGCUGAUGAGCUCCAUGGCUCAGGCCCUAACUAAUAUUUAUUUUCACACUCUUCCCUGACACUGGGUGUUACCCUCCGUGUGUGGAUAAGAGGAUUAAGGGCAGUGGGCGAAAGCGGAUGUCUGGGGCUCUUACCCGGGCGUAAGUCGCAAUGCUCGUUGUCUCUGCCAAGAGGAUUGCCACAAGGCCCUUUGGGAUUAUCCCUCGCACUCCUCUCGUUAGGGUUGGCUCCACCGAUUUCCUUCUACCGUGCAGUCAGUGUAUCAUGACUCAACCCUGCUACUGCCAGACCUGGAUAAACAAGCACCUAUCUGACCAAUAGAUCAAGUAGAGAGUGACCGACUACCACAAUAGACUGUGACAAUGGGUCUUAGUUUGGCCUACAGCACAGAAAUGAGUGUUAUUACCAUAAUAGAAUUCAAAUGGAUGGAACAUUCGGUCAUACGCUCUGUGUUGUAUUCCAUGUAUAGCCUAACUGCCGUGUUGACGGACCCAUGCCAAAUCAUUUGGAAAAGAGGACCAUGUCUUUUGGAUGAGCUGGUGGUAAUGCUAUCUUAACGUGGGGUAGGGCGACAUGGCCUAUAAAUCAUAUAUUUUUAAAGAUCUCACUUAUGGGUGAUUCACAAUAUUUAUCUCUAAAUAAGCUUUGUUGUACAACAAAAGGUAAAAUACACUGCAUUUCAAACAGUCAGCAAUAAUCUAAUGAAUGCAGGGCUUGUGAUAUUAUACCUAGGAUAAAUAUAAGCAUUCCACAAUAAAAAAUAAAUACAUGUUUUUUUUAUUGUCAUAUACACCAGGUAGAUGCAGUGAAACAUGCUGUUUUACUGGGUCAGCCAUAGUAGUACGCCGCCCCUGGAGCAAGUUAGGGUUAAGUGUCUUGCUCAAGGGCACAUCAACAGAUGUUUCAGCUUGUCGGCUCGGGUAUUCGAACCAGUGACCUUUCGGUUACUGGCCCAGAGCUCUAACCGCUAGGCUACUUGCCGGACUUAUAAGACCCAAUGAAAAUGUCAUUUUUGUUACAAAUUUAACUAGAACCAUGCAUAAUGCACAUUCACUAAUAAUGAUGAACUUCUUGUAGCAAGCAUAAUAGAAAAUUAACACAGGUCUCAUUAACAAUCUCUCAAGCACAAGCCCACGUGCUAGUGAGUAGCCAACUAAUCUUUAUAUUUAACCCCCUAGAGUCAAUUUCCGCGCCCCUGUAGAUAUCUAAUUAGCACAAUACAAAUCCCCAUCAAAGUCCAUCUGUUUAAGCUGGAAAUAUCUUGUUUUUUUUCAUGGGCUGCGUCUCAAUCCACCUCAUCUGCCAAUGGCGGCCUUCCACCGCAGAUGCGGAAGGUGGCCGAGCUUCAGUGGUGUUUGUCAGACCAUGAGACAUCCUGGAAAUCAGUCUUCUCACGAAAACGUCUGUAGCGUCCGAACGGUUUGGUCUACACACUGUUCUCCGUUUUGCUCUAGGACACCCACAAGAUUCGUGAAUGGAAGAAAACUCAGCAAAAAAAGAAAUGUCCCUUUUUCAGGACCCUGUCUUUGAAAGAUAAUUCGUAUGAAUUAUGAAAACUUAGGACACUAAAGAGGCCUUUCUACUGACUCUGAAAAAAUGCCUUAGGCAUGCUGCAAGGAGGCAUGAGGACUGCAGAUGUGGCCAGGGCAAUAAAUUACAAUGUCCGUACAGUGAGACAGCACUACAGGGAGACAGGACGGACAGCUGAUCGUCCUCGCAGUGGCAGACCACGUGUAACAACACCUGCACAGGAUCGGUACAUCCGAACAUCACACCUGCGGGACAGGUACAGGAUGGCAACAACAAUUGCCCGAGUUACACCAGGAAUCCACAAUCCUUCCAUCAGUGCUCAGACUGUCCGCAAUAGGCUGAGAGGGGCCGGACUGAGGGCUGGUAGGCCUGUUGUAAGGCAGGUCCUCACCAGACAUCACCGGCAACAACGUCGCCUAUGGGCACAAACCCUCCGUCGCUGGACCAGACAGAACUGGCAAAAAGUGCUCUUCACUGACGAGUCGCGGUUUUGUCUCACCAGGGGUGAUGGUCGGAUUCGCGUUUAGCGUUGAAGGAAUGAGCGUUACACCGAGGGCUGUACUCUGGAGCGGGAUCGAUUUGGAGGUGGAGGGUCCGUCAUGGUCUGUGGCGGUGUGUCACAGCAUCAUCGAACUGAGCUGGUUGUCAUUGCAGGCAAUCUCAACGCUGUGCAUAACAGGGAAGACAACCUCCUCCCUCAUGUGGUACCCUUCCUGCAGGCUCAUCCUGACAUGACCCUCCAGCAUGACAAUGCCACCAGCCAUACUGCUCGGUCUGUGCAUGAUUUCCUGCAAGACAGGAAUGUCAGUGUUCUGCCAUGGCCAGCGAAGAGCCCGGAUCUCAAUCCCAUUGAGCACGUCUGGGACCUGUUAGAUCGGAGGAUGAGGGCUAGGGCCAUUCCCCACAGAAAUGUCCGGGAACUUGCAGGUGCCUUGGUGGAAGAGUGGGGUAACAUCUCACAGCAAGAACUGGCUAAUCUGGUGCAGUCCAUGAGGAGGAGAUGCACUGCAGUACUUAAUGCAGCUGGUGGCCACAUCAGAUACUGACUGUUACUUUUGAUUUUGACCCACCCUUUGUUCAGGGACACAUUAUUCAAUUUCUGUUAGUCACAUGUCUGUGGAACUUGUUCAGUUUAUGUCUCUGUUGUUGAAUCUUGUUAUGUUCAUACAAAUAUCUACACAUGUUAAUUUUGCUGAAAAUAAGUGCAGUUGACAGUGAGAGGACAUUUCUUUUUUUGCUGAGUUUAUAUAUGGAAGUAGUUUAGUGCCUUUGUAAAACAUUCAGAUCUUUCUUAUCUCUUGGAUAUAGGACAGACACUUUAAAACUUCCUUUCGAUAUUUUUUGACUCUGUUUUUCCAUGUAUGAACCUGUUAUUCAGUGUGUUUCUAUGGGCUAAUAGCAGUAAGGCCAAAUUAAAUGUUUCAUCAGAAAUUAAUUAUAUAUUUUUUUGAUACCUAAAGGGGUCCUAAAAUUCUAAAUCAAAUAGCUAAAUGAUCCUUUGUAUGACCGUCUUAAAACAAUUCCAUAUGUUCGCUUAGUAGAACCCCCCCCCCCCCGGCUUAAAGUCUAGCCAACUUGGAUAUAUUUGCUAGCUAGCAAGGUAGAACAGUUUAAUUGUUAUGAAUACACCCUUCUGUCCGUUUCCAACUGUUUGAACAGCAUGUUAGCCUGUCGACUUUGCUACCCUGUCCACCGGCUGCUCUUUCAUUCUAUCGGUUAGGUUGCCAGAGACGUGACCCAGUCGUGAAGUAUUUUUGUUCUAAAAUGUUCCGUUGCCAUGCAGGUUGGCAAUGUUCUUAUCUAGGGGCGUAACGGUACACAUAUCUGUACUUACUGUGAACCCAAAUGAAUACAUACAUUAAAAAUACUAGGCUGUGAGCAGAAAAAAUUUCAGGCUAUUCCGUUAAAACAUCUGAGCACGUUGUAAUCAAAAAUCUAAUUUUAAUUGGCGCAUUUUAAACUGUCCUUUUGUGAGGAGCAGCCGAGAACUAGUUCUGUACGAUGGCGAGUGGUGGGGUCGAUAAACCAGAAUUAGAGGAUCCACCAUUCAUCAUUAUUUAGAUCUCCAGUUUGGGAACAAUUUGGCUUCCCAAAUGGCGAUGGAGAGUUGUGGAUAAAAUAAUAACAGCAUGUCACCACACUCAAUGAGAGUAGCCUAUGCAGCUGCCAACACCUCAAAUAUGUUGCCACAUUUACGCCAACAUCACCCCAGUAUACCGCAGUAAGUUGGAAACGCAAAGAAACAACAACACAACAUCUUCUGCAUUUAAGCAACCCUUGGCAGCUGAUUCUGACCGGGCCAAAUAAAUUACAAGAGCGAUAGGUAGGCUGUGUUUAUAUUUUUUUUACAGUCUUUGGUUUAUAGCCGCGGAUAUACGCCCAUUCUCGUUGGUUGAGAAUAAGGGGUUUCAGCACCUUAUGAAAGUGCUCGAGCCACGUUACGAACUUCCCUCUUGCACCCAUUUUAGCAAACAGGUAGUACCCACUCUAUAUAAGCAAGCCAUCAAUGAAUUGGCCAAUGCACCGUGUUGCGCUUACUUAACACUAGAACAGCCAAGAUGGUCAAUCUGACAGUUUUCAAUUUCAAUAACUUCAUUUCAAUAAAAACCUUUACCCACCUGUCCCUGGCUUUUCCUAAAUAUGUGUAUUUUACACUCUAGCAGUGCUUUGAGAUAAAUAUAAUAAAAUACAAACUUUCUGAGCAUUUCAUCCUCAAAGCGCCAUGACGGUCAAAAUGACCGUAUGUAUAUUUAACAGUAGAAUAGCCGGGCCUCGAGGAGUACCAAUAGCCGCCAGUCUAAUAAAUUAAUUUAACUAGAAAAGCCUGGCCUUGUUGGACCCCACUUCAUGCCAGUGUCAUUUGGUUGUGUUUUAAGGUGUUGGGUAACAUUAGAAUAUGAAAUGUAAAUAUAUUUAAAUAACAUAAUAACCUUUUCAUAAGCAGGGGUCUACGCUGAAUUUUCUUACAAGGAGCACAUGUGCGCCUAAGUUGAAAAAUGUAGGAGGGGCCUCCCGAGUGGGGCAGCGGUCUAAGGCACUGCAUCGCAGUGCUUGAGUCGUCACUACUGACCCGGAUUUGAUCCCAGGCUGUGUCAUAACCGGCCGUGACCGGGAGUCAUUUGGGAGUCAAAUGUGAACACCGGGAGUCAAAUGUGCGGCGCACAUUUGGCCCAGUGCCGUCCGGGUUAAGGGAGGGUUUGGCCGGGGGGGCUUUACUUGGCUCAUCGCGCUCUAGCGACUCCUUGUGGCGUGCCGGUGCCUGCAGGCUGACUUCGGUCAUCAGUUGAACUGUGUUUCCUCCGACACAUUGGUGCGGCUGGUUUCCGGCUUAAGCGGGCAGAUGUUAAGGAGCGCAGUUUGGCGGGUCAUGUUUUGGAGGACGCAUGACUCGACCCUUUUCCUAACAAUCACCACAAAUCUUUGUCACUUUCACUUGAUUUCUACACUUCCCACAAACAAGUUACUUGCAGCUGAAACAGGUGUUGUUGGUUCUGUUCCGAGUGCAUCUGCCCACCUGGGAGUUUCUCCUCCCGGGAGCUGUGCGCAAUGGCUCGCGUGGAAUCUUGGCUGCUGCUUUGGCCCUUAUAUGUCUCUCAGGUAGUGCCAGACUUAUGAUGAAGUCUCUCCUGUUCACGUUGUUGUUCAUGCACUGCUUGAACAACACGUGUGCAUUGAUAGCGGCCAAGUCAAGCAUAUUGUAGAGCACAGCAACAGGCCAGCGGCGAGUUCCUCCUUUCACGAGUACAGCUGUGCCAUCUGAUCCGAAACGUUAUUGGACACUCGCUCACCUGCUGCCUAGUAUGGAUCCUUUCCCAGAUAUAGAAAGCUGUUCAGCAUGAAUCAGAAUAAUCAUCAUCAGAGAUGUCAUGAUCUGUUUCAUCCCCGCCAUCGGAGUUGUUUUUAUUCAGAUCUUGUCGCAACGCUAACACAGCAUGUGCAUCCGUUAGUCUUGGUCUUGCCAUUAUAAAUUAUGCACGCUCUCACUGUGUAGCCUACUCCAAGUAAUAAGACUGCUUCAAUUCAGUGGACUGCUAUACAGUGCAUUCGCAAAGUAUUCAGACCCCUUCCCCUUUUCCACAUUUUGUUACAUUACAGCCUUAUUCUAAAAUGGAUUAAAUCAAUAAAAACUCCUCAUCAAUCUACACACAAUACCCCAUAAUGAGAAAGCAAAAAACAGGUUUUUAGAAUUCUUUGUAAAUAUAUAUAAAAAUAAACAUAUUUACAUAAGUAUUCAGACCCUUUGCUAUGAGACUCGAAAUUGAGCUCAGGUGCAUCCUAUUUUCAUUGAUCAUUCUUGAGACGUUUCUACAACUUGAUUUCAGUCCACCUGUGGUAACAGGCACACACCUGUCUAUAUAAGGGCCCACCAAGCCAAGAGGUUGAAGGAAUUGUAUGUAGAGCUCCGAGACAGGAUUGUGUCGAGGCACAGAUCUCGGGAAGGGUACCAAAAAAUGUCUGCAGCAUUGAACACAGUGGCCUUCAUCAUUCUUAAAUGGAAGAAGUUUGGAACCACCAAGACUCUUCCUAGAGCUGGCUUCCCAGGAAGGUGACCAAGAACCUGAUGGUCAUUCUGACAGCGCUCCAGCGUUCCUCUGUGGAGAUGGGAGAACCUUCCAGAAGAACAACAAUCUCUGCAGCACUCCACCAAUCAGACCUUUAUGGUAGAGUGGCCAGCCGGAAGCCACUCCUCAGUAAAAGGCACAUGACAGCCUGCUUGGAGUUUGCCAAAAGGCACCUAAAGGAAACAAGAUUCUCUGGUUUGAUGAAACCAAGAUUGAACUCUUUGGCCUGAAUGCCAAGCGUCACAUCUGGAGGAAACCUGGCACCAUCCCUACGGUGAAGCAUGGUGGUGGCAGCAUCAUGCUGUGGGGAUGUUUUUCAGCGGCAGGGACUGGGAGACUAGUCAGGAUCGAGUUAAAGAUGAAUGGAGCAAAGUACAGAGAGAUCCUUGAUGAAAACCUGCUCCAGAGCACUCAGGACUUCAGACUGGGGCAAAGGUUCACCUUCCAACAGGACAACGACCCUAAGCACACAGCCAAGACAACGCAGGAGUGGCUUCGAGACAAGUCUCUGAAUGUCCUUGAGUGGAGAGACCUGAAAAUAGCUGUGCAGCGGCGCUCCCCAUCCAACCUGACAGAGCUUGAGAGGAUCUGCAGAGAAGAAUGGGAAAAACUCCCCAAAUACAGGUGUGCCAAGCUUGUAGCUUCAUACCCAAGAAGACUUGGCUGUAAUUGCUGCCAAAGGGGCUUCAACAAAGUACUGAGUAAAGGGUCUGAAUACUUACGUAAAUGUGAUAUUUCAGUUUUUAUUGUUAAUAAAUCAGCAAGAAUUUCAAAAACGGUUUUUGCUUUGUCAUUAUGGAGUAUUGUGUUGAUUUGAUGAGGGGGGGAAAAAACUACACUGCUCAAAAAAAUAAAGGGAACACUUAAACAACACAAUGUAACUCCAAGUCAAUCACACUUCUGUGAAAUCAAACUGUCCACUUAGGAAGCAACACUGAUUGACAAUACAUUUCACAUGCUGUUGUGCAAAUGGAAUAGACAACAGGUGGAAAUUAUAGGCAAUUAGCAAGACACCCCCAAUAAAGGACUGGUUUUGCAGGUGGUGACCACAGACCACUUCUCAGUUCCUAUGCUUCCUGGCUGAUGUUUUGGUCACUUUUGAAUGCUGGCGGUGCUUUCACUCUAGUGGUAGCAUGAGACAGAGUCUACAACCCACACAAGUGGCUCAGGUAGUGCAGCUAAUCCAGGAUGGCACAUCAAUGCGAGCUGUGGCAAGAAGGUUUGCUGUGUCUGUCAGCGUAGUGUCCAGAGCAUGGAGGCGCUACCAGGAGACAGGCCAGUACAUCAGGAGACGUGGAUGAGGCCGUAGGAGGGCAACAACCCAGCAGCAGGACUGCUACCUCCGCCUUUGUGCAAGGAGGAGCAGGAGGAGCACUGCCAGAGCCUUGCAAAAUGACCUCCAGCAGGCCACAAAUGUGCAUGUGUCUGCUCAAACGGUCAGAAACAGACUCCAUGAGGGUGGUAUGAGGGCCCGACAUCCACAGGUGGGGGUUGUGCUUACAGCCCAACACUGUGCAGGACGUUUGGCAUUUGCCAGAGAACACCAAGAUUGGCAAAUUCGCCACUGGCGCCCUGUGCUCUUCACAGAUGAAAGCAGGUUCACACUGAGCACGUGACAGAGUCUGGAGACGCCGUGGAGAACGUUCUGCUGCCUGCAACAUCCUCCAGCAUGACCGGUUUGGCGGUGGGUCAGUCAUGGUGUGGGGUGGCAUUUCUUUGGGGGGCCGCACAGCCCUCCAUGUGCUCGCCAGAGGUAGCCUGACUGCCAUUAGGUACCGAGAUGAGAUCCUCAGACCCCUUGUGAGACCAUAUGCUGGUGCGGUUGGCCCUGGUUUCCUCCUAAUGCAAGACAAUGCUAGACCUCAUGUGGCUGGAGUGUGUCAGCAGUUCCUACAAGAGGAAGGCAUUGAUGCUAUGGACUGGCCCGCCCGUUCCCCAGACCUGAAUCCAAUUGAGCACAUCUGGGACAUUAUGUCUCGCUCCAUCCACCAACGCCACAAUGCACCACAGACUGUCCAGGAGUUGGCGGAUGCUUUAGUCCAGGUCUGGGAGGAGAUCCCUCAGGAGACCAUCCGCCACCUCAUCAGGAGCAUGCCCAGGCGUUGUAGGGAGGUCAUACAGGCACGUGGAGGCCACACACACUACUGAGCCUCAUUUUGACUUGUUUUAAGGACAUUACAUCAAAGUUGGAUCAGCCUGUAGUGUGGUUUUCCACUUUAAUUUUGAGGGUGACUCCAAAUCCAGACCUCCAUGGGUUGAUACAUUUGAUUUCCAUUGAUAAUUUUUGUGUGAUUUUGUUGUCAGCACAUUCAACUAUGUAAAGAAAAAAAGUAUUUAAUAAGAUUAUUUCAUUCAUUCAGAUCUAGGAUGUGUUAUUUUAGUGUUCCCUUUAUUUUUUUGAGCAGUGUAUAUAAUCAAUUUUAGAAUAAGGCUGUAACCUAACAAAAUUUGGAAAAAGUAAAUGGGUCUGAAUACAUCCCGAAUGCACUGUGUUUUGAAACCGAGACCAUCUGUACAAUUUGUAGAUUUUUUUGGGGGGACCAAAUAGGUUAAUUAGAAACCUUGGCAUCUGCUCUUUCUGAUAGGGUAUGACAAUCAAAACGUCUGGCCUGCAUUGACCUCCUGUAGGAUGAUAUGGAAGAAGUGCUUUUUGGUAAGCUUCGUUCCCUUUGUCAAUUCUUGACAUUUGACAAUGAUUAACAUUGUCGCCCAUCAGACUGUCAAUUUAAUCUUGUCUUCAGGCCGCAUCUAUUAUUAUAUGUGUGAAAUUAGCUUCAAUAUAGUUUAGGUGUAGUUUGGAAGGGCCAUUAGCUGGUCAGGUAAUUGUUGUCUUACAGUCAGAAAAUACACUAUCAUCUUAUUUUUUGUAUUUACAGUCUAGCUACUUCUGGAUCAAUAAAUAGAUUUUCUGACUGAUUACAAUUUACAUUUGGUGUCCUGAGGUUUCUUAUGACCUAUUUUAACAUAAUAAAUGCAUUAAUUUAUUAUGGAAUAUUGACACAAUUGAAAUAUCAACAGUCAGAAUGGCCAUUCUAGUAGUUAUGGAAUUCCAAGUGUUAACAGUGACAGCCCAUCACAUUACCCCUGAGUGGGAGAUGUACCGCGCUACAGACACGCCCCCUUUAUGAGAGUCACAAUUGAGCAUCUGGCCCUGAAGGAGGCAGUGUCAUGGUGCGUUUGGAACCAAGUGGGAAUUUACCACAUACAACUGGGAAAAAUCUACUUGGGAAACUUGUCUAUCAUCCUGAGCACCCACUUACAUUUUAGUAAUUUAGCAGACUCUUAUCCAGAGCGACUCAAAGUUAGUGCAUUCAUCUUAAGAUGGCUAGGUGGGACAACCACAUCACAGGCAUAGUAAGUACACUUUUCCUCAAUAAAUUAGCUAUCAGCAAAGUCAGAGCUAGGGUGUUGGGAGAGUCAAGUGCAAAUGUUUACAUGGACACAUCUGAAAUCAGGCUACCUGAUGGCACUCUGAUAAAUGCAGAAAAUCGGCGAUCAAAAUAAACAUUUUACCACAGCGAAUGUUAUUUUUGGGAAUAAUAUUUCUGAGUUCUUCUAAAGUUUGUAUGUGAAAACUACUUCUAAGUUGUUCCGAACUCACUACACUCACACUAAAAAGGGAGGCUUGCUCGGCUGGUGCUAGCACAUGUGCAGAUCAAAUACACAGCUGGAAUGCCGAUUUUAAGACACUAGUCCUAAUAAUUCGAAAGAUAAUCUCCGAAAACCAGGUGUUUUAAUCCACGUAUGCUUACUUCGAUUUUGACUUUACGCUGAUUUAAGAUAAGCAGAGUAAGGCGUUUACAUGACUAUUGCAUAAUCUGCCUACUGCCAUAAUCAGUUUAAUAUCGAAUUCCAGUGCCUUGCAAAAGUAUUCAUCCCCCUUGGCGUUUUUCCUAUUUUGUUGCAUUACAACCUGUAAUUUAAAUGGAUUUUUUGGGGGGAUUUCAUGUAAUGGACAUACACAAAAUAGUCAAAAUUGGUGAAGUGAAAUGAAAAAAAAUAACUUGUUUAAAAAAAAUCUACAAAAUAAUAACAUAAAAGUGGUGCAUGCAUAUGUAUUCACCCCCUUUGCUAUGAAGCCCCUAAAUAAGAUCUGGUGCAACCAAUUACCUUCAGAAGUCACAUACUUAGAUUGCACACAGGUGGACUUUAUUUAACUAAGUGUCACAUGAUCUAUCAAAUGAUCUCAGUGUAUACAGGUAAAAGUCAGUAAAUUAGAAUAUUUUGAAAAACUUGAUUUAUUUCAGUAAUUGCAUUCAAAAGGUGUAACUGUACAUAUAUUAUUCUGCACACAGACUGAUGCAUUCAAAUGUUUAUUUCAUUUAAUUUUGAUGAUUUGAAGUGGCAACAAAUGAAAAUCCAAAAUUCCGUGUGUCACAAAAUUAGAAUAUUACUUAAGGCUAAUACAAAAAAGGGAUUUUUUAGAAAUGUUGGCCAACUGAAAAGUAUGAAAAUGAAAAAUAUGAGCAUGUACAAUACUCAAUACUUGGUUGGAGCUCCUUUUGCCUCAAUUACUGCAUUAAUGCGGCGUGGCAUGGAGUCGAUGAGUUUCUGGCACUGCUCAGGUGUUAUGAGAGCCCAGGUUGCUCUGAUAGUGGCCUUCAACUCUUCUGCGUUGUUGGGUCUGGCAUUCUGCAUCUUCCUUUUCACAAUACCCCACAGAUUUUCUAUGGGGCUAAGGUCAGGGGAGUUGGCUGGCCAAUUUAGAACAGAAAUACCAUGGUCCGUAAACCAGGCACGGGUAGAUUUUGCGCUGUGUGCAGGCGCCAAGUCCUGUUGGAACCUGAAAUCUCCAUCUCCAUAGAGCAGGUCAGCAGCAGGAAGCAUGAAGUGCUCUAAAACUUGCUGGUAGACGGCUGCGUUGACCCUUGAUCUCAGGAAACAGAGUGGACCGACACCAGCAGAUGACAUGGCACCCCAAACCAUCACUGAUGGUGGAAACUUUACACUAGACUUCAGGCAACGUGGAUCCUGUGCCUCUCCUGUCUUCCUCCAGACUCUGGGACCUCGAUUUCCAAAGGAAAUGCAAAAUUUGCUUUCGUCAGAAAACAUGACUUUAGACCACUCAGCAGCAGUCCAGCUCUUUUUUUCCUUAGCCCAGGUGAGACGCUUUUCGCGCUGUUUCUUGGUCAACAGUGGCUUGACACGAGGUAUGCGGCAGUUGAAACCCAUGUCUUUCAAGCGUCUCUUGGUGGUGGAUCUUGAAGCCCUGACUCCAGCAGCUGUCCACUCCUUGUGAAUCUCCCCCACAUUUUUGAAUGGGUUUUUUUUUCACAAUCUUGACUAGGGUGCGGUGAUCCCUAUCGCUUGUACACUUUUUCUGACCACAGUUUUUCCUUCCCUUUGCCUCUCUAUUAAUGUGUUUGGACACAGAGCUCUGAGAACAGCCAGCCUCUUCUGCAAUAACCUUUUGUGUCUUUCCCUCCUUGUGCAAUGUGUCGAUGGUCGCCUUUUGGACAGCUGUCAAAUCUGAAGUCUUCCCCAUGUUUGUGUAGGCUUCAGAACUGGACUGAGAGACCAUUUAAAGCCCUUUGCAGGUGUUUUGAGUUAAUCAGCUGAUUAUUUUGUGGCACCAGGUGUCUUCAAAAUGUAACCCUUACACAAUAUUCUAAUUUUGUGACACACGGAAUUUUGGAUUUUCAUUUGUUGCCACUUCAAAUCAUCAGAAUUAAAUGAAAUAAACAUUUGAAUGCAUCAGUCUGUGUGCAAUGAAUAAAUAUAAUGUACAAGUUACACCUUUUGAAUGCAAUUACUGAAAUAAAUCAAGUUUUUCAAAAUAUUCUAAUUUACUGACUUUUACCUGUUUAUACACCUGAAAGGCCCCAGAGUCUGCAACACCACUAAGCAAGGGGCACCACCAAGCAAGCAGCACCAUGAAGACCAAGGAGCUCUCCAAACAGGUCAGGGACAAAGUUGUGGAGAAGUACAGAUCAGGUUUGGGUAUAAAAAAAAUAUCAGAAACUUUGAACAUCCCACGGAGCACCAUUUUUUUAAAUCCAUUAUUUAAAAAAAUGGAAAGAAUAUGACACCACAACAAACCUGCCAAGAGAGGGCCGCCCACCAUAACUCACGGACCAGGCAAGGAGAGCAUUAAUCAGAGAGGCAACAAAGAGACCAAAGAUAACCCAGAAGGAGCUGCAAAGCUCCACAGCGGAGAUUGGAGUAUCUGUCCAUAGGACCACUUUAAGCCGUACACUCCACAGAGCUGGGCUUUACGGAAGAGUGGCCAGAAAAAAAGCCAUUGCUUAAAGAAAAAAAUAAGCAAACACGUUUGGUGUUCGCCAAAAGGCAUGUGGGAGACUCCCCAAACAUAUGGAAGAAGGUACUCUGGUCAGAUGAGACUAAAAUAGAGCUUUUUGGCCAUCAAGGAAAACGCUAUGUCUGGCGCAAACCCAACACCUCAUCACCCCAAGAACACCAUCCCCACAGUGAAGCAUGGUGGUGGCAGCAUCAUGCUGUGGGGAUGUUUUUCAUCGGCAGGGACUGGGAAACUGGUCAGAAUUGAAGGAAUGAUGGAUGGCGCUAAAUACAGGGAAAUUCUUGAGGGAAACCUGUUUCAGUCUUCCAGAGAUUUGAGACUGGGACGGAGGUUCACCUUCCAGCAGGACAAUGACCCUAAGUAUACUGCUAAAGCAACACUUGAGUGGUUUAAGGGGAAACAUUUAAAUGUCUUGGAAUGGCCUAGUCUAAGCCCAGACCUCUGUGGUAUGACUUAAAGAUUGCUGUACACCAGCGGAACCCAUCCAACUUGAAGGAGCUGGAGCAGUUUUGCCUUGAAGAAUGGGCAAAAAUCCCAGUGGCUAGAUGUGCCAAGCUUAUAGAGACAUACCCGAAGAGACUUGCAGCUGUAAUUGCUGAAAAAGGUGGCUCUACAAAGUAUUGACUUUGUGGGGGUGAAUAGUUAUGCACGCUCAAGUUAUUUCUUGUUUGUGGUAGGCAUGUUGUGUAGGCAUGUUGUGUAAAUCAAAUGAUACAAAAAAUCUAUUUUAAUUCCAGGUUGUAAGGCAACAAAAUAGGAGAAAUGCCAAGGGGGGUGAAUACUUUCGCAAGCCACUGUAUAAGUGUUCAUGUAAAUGUACUCGAUGUUUAGAUGCUUUUUACAGUGAAGAUGAAUUUUAUAAAUUGCGUGGCUGGGCUGAUGAGACAGUGGAUGGAACAGUAAAUAGGCAUUUCGCCGUCAUAGCCGGUGGAAACUUGUGGAAUAAGCAACAGCUGGAACACUGUUUUAACACAUAAAUAGCUGUGAUCCGUAACGUGUGUGUGUGUGUGAGACGUAACAUAAGGAUUGGUGUUAGUGCGCUAAGGUGUCCCUGUUUGUAAUCAAGUUUCAGACAGAAUUGCGACCCCCCCCACACACACACACACACACACACACACAUUGGUUCUUAUAGGUUAUUUUACCCAACAAGUCUCUUGAAUGUGACGUGACAAUAACAUUUCAACGUUUCUGAGUUUGUUGUUGUUGUUGUUUCAGGAUGGGCUGCUAGAACAGAUGUAUGACCUCAUCCUGGAGUACUUCCACUCUCAGGCCUUCUCCAUUGGCUUCCCAGAGCUGGCCCUGCCCACCAUCAUCCAGGUAAUACCACCACCAUACCUCGUCUCACCUCCCCACACGAUGGACACUUGCCUUUUUUUAUUUUACACAUUUGCUAAAUGGUCAGUUGUUUUUACGGCCCUGGCGACCGACCACUGAGCCCACUUCCUCAGCCAACCGACCCACGAAGUCAGAAUCUGCCCUCACCAAAGUAAACAGUCACUGAAGUCCUCCUCUUCCUUCGCCCUCUUCCAGACUGCAUGACGGAGUUCUUCUUGUACUCUUAGCCUUUACUGUUGCUACACACACACACACUGGGCACAGAGUAUCAACGACACAGUCCAGAGGGAAAAGACAAGCACCAGACUAGAUGAUUAUUUACAGUUUUUCUCUCUUCCUCCCUCUUUUUUUUUUUUUCUGUCUUCCUGUCCUCCGCCGCUCCACAGCUGAAAGCCUUCCUGAAGGAAUGCAAAGUGGCCAAUUACUGCAAGCAGAUCCGCCAGCUCUUGGAGAAGGUACAGGAGAACAGCGGCCACAUCACAGCCCGGAGACAGAGGGCCGCCUUUGGAGUGGCCGACGCAACCGCCGUGGUGAGUUUGGCUGUGUGUAAGUGUGUGUGCGUCCGCCCACCCGUGAGCGAGCCUGUCAGUGCCAGGUCGUCUGGGCUGCUGUUCCAGUGCCCUCAUUUCACCUCUUCAGCACACACACACACUUUCCCAUCAGUCCCUCUGUCUGCUACCCCCAGUAUAUAGAAAGUACCUAUAUGAUAUUCCAGCUUGAAUUGGGGGGGGGGGGGUUUAUCAGUAGUGAUGUGGGUAAAAAUAUGAUAUUAUACUGAACAAAAAUAUAAACACAACUUGUAACAAUUUCAACGAUUUCACGGAGUUACAGUUCAUAUAAGGAAAUCAGUCAAUUUAUUUAAAUUCAUUAGGCCCAAACCUAUGGAUAUCACAUGACUGGGCAGGGGCACAGCCAUGGGUGUGCCUGGGGAGCCAGGCCAAGCCAAUCAGAAUGAGUUUUUCCGCACAAAAUGGCUUUAUUACAGACAAAGGAGAAAUGCUCACUAACAGGGAUGUAAACAAAUUUGUGCACAAAAUGACAGAAAUAAGCUUUUUGUGCAUAUGGAAAAUUUCUGUGAUGUUUUAUUUCAGCUCAUGAAACAUGGGACCAACACUUUACAUGUUGCGUUUAUAUACUUAAAAAAUAUUUUUGAUCAGUAUAUAUCGAUACUUUGUGGCAAGGUAGCGUUAGCUUGCGCUAGUCGACUGUACCUGUGCCAAUACUCCUGUAUUUUGCAUCCAAUAGCUUGUUCUGCAUCUUGUUUUUAAAUAGGGAGCCAACAUGUUUUCAGCACUUUUAUUUCCAUGACUGAUCAAAACUCAUUUUCUCAUGCUCUCUUGUCUCUCUGGAGCAGACAUAUAGUGAGCAAUAUGUUUGUAACAUCAAUAAAAUUGCAGUACCGAAUCGCAAUACAUAUAGAAUCGUGAGGAUCGCAAUACAUAUCGUAUCGGCACCUAAGUAUCGUGAGCUCCCUGGCAAUUCCCAGUCCUAGUUAUCAGACAUUGCGAGUUUUUCAGCAGCCAAGGCUGAUGCUUCUUCAAUCACGUGAUGGUUUAUCAAUGGUUGAUUCUUGAGUCAUGUUUGUUUCAUUCCAAUUAGUUAACUAAUUGUUUCUGAGAAUAGCUUUGAAGCUGAACAGAACAAUUUUAGAUAGCCCCCCUCCAAGAGAGUCCAAUUGUGCCAACAGGUCAAAAAAAGACAGCAUGCACACGCCCACAGAAGUCUGUUGGGGAGCAACCACUGCCCAGAUGAGUCCCGCCCCCAGUACAACCCCUUCCCAAAACAUAUGCACACCAGUCCGGGAGAGCUAACGUAGGAAGUGCCUGUGAAGGUCUCCUCCUGCUGAGAGCAUUUAACCAUCAUGCGCCGCCUGACCCCUAACCCCCUGAGCGCUCCUUUGGCUGUGUCCGUUACACACAGAUAGUGAGGAGAUAAGAGGCUACACACGCUGCAGUGAAACCUGAGUAGGAAGCGGAGGAAGGGAAAGAAAUGCUGGAGGAGACAUCCCUAUGUAAACACUGGCGCUGGUUGAAGGACGGCUAUGUGGUCAUUAAUGUUCUUAAUAGGUUUGAACCAGCCGCCCCCCCCCCCACCCCUCACCUUAAUGAGCGAAGGUUUGCGUGCGUGUCUGUGUGUGCAGAAAUGUGUGUUCUCUCUCUCAUUGUAUGCACUCUCCACCUGCCCCACCAAACACACACACACUCCCAAGGCUGCGUUGCUUUGCUCCACCCAGUCCUGACUGAGUGCCUCGCCCAGCACCCGUGAUAAAUAUUUAAGAGCGUUUAGGAGUGAAAUUAAAGAGGGGAUGUCUCUGUGUAAUUUAGCCUUGGAGAAGUCUGUGUGUGCAUGCUCGCCGGCAGAGACCAAGAGACAGACAGCGUGGCACCGGGGGCAGCGCCUAUCGCCACGGCUCCCAGCCCAGAGGAGCCUGUCACCAUGGCCGGGUACAGGCACGUUUCAGGCUGCCGUGGAAAGGACAUCGCUCCCCUCUGGCCCCAGACACCAAAACACCCCCUGCACCUCACCCAAACUAAGAGUUAGCCUAAUUAAUGGUUACCCCCUACCCUCGCUCUACUGUACAGUAGAAAUACAAUAUUCAGAACCACACGGAGUGAGCACUAGUUAUUGGAUAUGCCGGAGAGUUGUACCGGUAAUUGAAGCAUUGAGUGUGCCUUGUAGCAUCGUGAGUGUACAUUCAAGCAUUUUAGUAUUAUCUUUCAGUUUAUCUUUCAGUUUUUAAUAUUUAUAAAACAUGCUACUGAAAACGGUGUUUCCUUGUCCUCAGAUCACAUUUGAAUGUGUCUGAACUGAAGCCUAAAUAUAUGUUUUCUUAGUAGGCCUAUGCUUUUUUUAUAUAUAUUUUGAGUGAAAGGGUUUUUGCCCAAUUACCCAAGUAGGUAGACCAGGUGUGAGAGAACGGUAAAGCCAAAAUAUUGCCCAUAAUCCGGUUAGCGUUUUGUCUGGGUUUGAAGUGUUUUCAAAAGCCUUUGCUCUUUUUCUGUUCACGUCCUCUCCUCUUUGUGCCAGGGACCAGCCUAAUAACCGCCACUGCAAAUUGUCGUAAAUAGGUUUAGCUAACCGACGAAGGAAGCCGCGGUCUAUACAGUCUAUUGGAUUUGGAGGUCAGAUAAUCCUAUUGGGCCUGAUCAAUACCAUCCGCAAAGAUCUUUAGGGGAAGGACUGGCGUAAAUCCUCCAAGUCUCCUCUUUCAGCCUCUCCUCUCUCUUUCAUCUUUCUCUCUCUGUCUCUCUUGUGAUCUGUCUGUCUUUCUCUCUCCCUUCUUCUCUCCCUUUUCCUUGUGUUGGGGCGGCAGUGGGCGACGGCUUACCGAGCUCGCUAACGAAGCAAAUAAUGUUUUGAAAUCUAGAUUGCAAUGAAAGUACACCAGAAUACCCCAACGUUUUGAUUGAAUCAGAUAUUAGGAAAAAAAUGAGCACCCUUGCUUGCACUGCUAGACAGUAAUACCUCAAAACACACACAAACGUAGAGUGGCUGUUUAACAAGUGUGUUUCAUGCUGUUGUUUGUGUGUGCAGGCAAAGUGGGAAAAGCAGACUGCGGAGGAAGGCACUCCCCUUACCAGGUACUACAGCCAGUGGAAGAAGCUGAGGGAGAAGGAGAUCCAGCUGGAGAUCUCUGGGAAGGAGAGGGUAACUAUCAGACACACACCAAUCAACAUAGUAACCGCUUUAGGGCCAAAGACAGUAUUUUCAGGACAUUAAUUCAAAUGAAUUAACGACCUGAUCCUAUUUAAUGAACUAUACAUGUAACUUGGAAAGUGUGAGUAGAUAAUGCAUUGUUGUCAAUGAGAGAUUGGGGCAAAAGGUUCAUGCACACAUCUUAAGAAUUUGGUUGUUUAUUAGUUUUUCAGUUUUUCAGUGUGGUCAGUUCUCUACAAUUUCCAGUAGUUUUAGUAAACAAACUGAGGUGUAGGCCAAUACAUUUUCUUCUUAAAAAAGUUGUCAAUGUGGCCCUAGGCUUUCUUCUGGGGAGUGUUAACCCUAGAUAUCUGUAAAGUGUUUUGUAUAAGUGACUUUGCUGCAUGUUCUGAAUCUUGAGCAAUGGUCUCGUUGUCAUACAUUGUCCUAAAUCACCUGGUCCCAAAUCAAAGUUUUCCAUAACACUACAUUUUGAAAAGGAACUGCAUAUUGACGAUUCCUCUCUCGAUUUAAGAUGGAAGACUUGGAUCUCCCUGAGAUCAAACGCAGGAAGAUUCAGGAGAAGAAGGCUGUGGACAAGAAGGAGUUCAAGGAUCUCUUUGAGUCUGACAGCGACUCGGACGACGAUGGAGGACUCAAAGUCAAAGGUAACAAACUCCAUUCGCAUACACAGCAGGGUCCUGUUUAGAGCCGACCGGGGGGGGGGGGGGGCUCUAAACAGCGGGGAAAUUAGUGUCCUUUUUCCACACUGAAUUCUCAUAAAUUCCCAUCCAAAAGAGCACAAUUGUCCAAGAAAUAUGCUUCAAAUGUAGAUUUUUUGACAUGAGAAUGGCCAUCUGUUCAGAUAAGCAUGAUAUUCCCUUUUUUCAUCCUUUUUAUUGAAUAUUGGUUUUCGGUGAAAUUAUCGUCCGUUACUAAUAUAGCCAUAAAAGGCCAAUAUCGUCCGGAAAUAUCAGUGAACUAAUAUAUCGGUCGGGCUCUAGUCCUGUUCAUUAGUCAUCAAAUGGAAGGAAAACAGACCGAAACAGUGAGGGACUAAGUAAGGUCCAAAACGAGCUCUUCAGUAAGGCCAUGCUACUGCCAAUGUUUGUCUAUGGAGAUUGCAUGGCUGUGUGCUCGAUUUUAUACACCUAUCAGCGACCGGUGUGGCUGAAAUAGCCGAAUCCACUAAUUUGAAGGGGUGUCCACAUACUUUUGUAAAUAUAGUGUAUAUUUGAGUUCUGAUGGAGGCUCUUCAUAUCCUUCAUUUUUGAUUUCCUAAGAGGAAUGAUUCUGUCAAUUAUUUUGUAUGUAGCAACAAAAAAUGGCCUGGGUUAUUCAAGGCAGGGCUCCAGACUAGUUUUUCAGUUGGUGGCACCAGCCGAUGAUUAGGUCGCACCAAUUUUUUCCUGCGCCUUCACGCAGUAGAAAACAUUUCUAUAACCUUAUAAAGUGCUCUAUUAAAAAGUGUAAUAGACUGAAAUGGUAUUGAAGAAAUAAGUUGUUUCAUCAUCUUUUCAUGGUGUGGUUCAAAAUAUUUUGUGCAACCUAAUCCAGUGAUUGUCAUGCAUUUUGGGUAGAGAAUUAUGUUAUUGUUAUAUUUUACUGUUAAAAAAGGGCUCCAGAAUUUUCUGAUUUAUUUUGGUUCAAUAGAGAUUAAUUUUCCUGCAUCUUUGUGCUCCAAUAUCAUAGGCUAAUUUAUUUGGGGCUAUUUCACCACCUGACAUUAGCUAGAUCGCUAACUCUUAAUAUAUUACCCACAGCUAGUAGUCAUGUAUUAAUCUAAGAGUAAAUGUAAUGUCCCAAAAAAGGUUGCCUUUGUAGCCUACCGGCCAAUGAGGCCUAUGAACUCGGAAUGGCCAAUGUGCAUUUCACGCGCUCAGUAUCACAAAGCCAUACCAAAUAUCUUGUUUGUAAAAUAGUUGCAUUGAGCUCAACAUUUAAGUAGAGAAAUAAAGUAUACCGACAAAGCUGAGAACAUCCCCUCUCCAACUGUGACAACAGGAUAGCUGUGUUUUCCCCCCAAUUGGAUUUUAAAAUGUUAUACAAUCAGAACACACUUUUUUCUCCCUAAGCAUUUUGUUUCCCAUGGAAAGGACAGAGAGUGGCUCGCUCGACACAGCAGCAGGCCCCAGCGAACAGCUACAGAGGCAGGCAGGCAGGCAGACACUGUCAUUGCAGGAAUCAUAAGGAUAAUGGACUUUACUGUUUGACCAAAUCAUGGUUUUAGCCUCCUAAGAAAUAGGACGUUUUGAGUGAGGUGAAUGAAUGUGCAGCUCGCACCGAUGCGACUUAAUCUAUAUUUUUUUAAACUCACACAACCAAGUCAAAGGCCCAUAACAGAGCGGCACGUCUUGCUCUUCAUUGUAAUUAGAGGUCUGAUAUAAAUACUAUGCAUGCCAGUCUCUCUUGGCUAAGAGUUGAGGAGAGACUGACUGCAUCACAAUGUGUUGAAAAUCCCAAAUUGUUUGCAUAGUCAACUUACACACAGCUCUGACACACACUUACCCCACCAGACAUGCCACCAGGGGUCUUUUCACAGUCCCCAAAUCCAGAACAAAUUCAAGAAAGCAUACAGUAUUAUAUAGAGCCAUCAUAUUGCUAAAAUCAACAGCAAACCUGAUUUCAAAAACAGAUAAAGCAAUACCUCACGGCACAACGCCUCUCCCCUAUUUGACCUAGAUAGUUUGUGUGUAUGUAUUGAUAUGUAGGCUACAUGUGCCUUUAAUAGACAAGAACAGCUCAAGGACAGAACUACAUACUUUUUUUUAAAUGUUCUGUAUUAUGUCAUGUUUCAUGUUUUGUAUGGACCCCAGGAAGAGUCCUAAUGCAAAAGAUAAUGGGGAUCCUAAUAAAAUACCAAGUACCAAAGGGUCGCAAAAUGCGACUAAAUGGUUGCAUUCUGAGCCCUGCAGUCAAGGCAUACAUUGCCUGAUACUUCUCUAGAUCUGCUGACACUCACUACAUUUUCUGUUGGAGUUGGCCAGUAAAGGCCCUGGUGGAGACUCUUACCGGAUGCUCAUGCUUACACUAUGCCUGUCUUGGCCACUAGGGGGCUGUAUGGAGUUACGUGGAGGCCAUGUACAGACUGUUGGCCAGAAGCACAGUCUAACACACACACAUAUACACACAAACACACACACACACACAUACACACAAGCACACACACUGUGUAGUAGGCUAUUCAGAACUGCCUCUAUGGCAAGGAUACAGCUCCCUUUCCGGGAUGAACAUUUGGCCUCGCUCUUUUUGGAAUAUGACGUUACUUCCCUAAUCCUGAGUUAGUAAAGCUGUAUUGAAGUCGGUGCUAGUGAAUCCUGCUCCCAUUCAGACUGGCUCAUUCUGAAGAAAUGGACAAGUGGCCAUAGUGUUGCCAAGCUGCCCUCCCAGCAAGACCUGAGAAAGCUCUCUGUCCAUUUAGUUGAUGUCUCUACUUCUCUCUUUCUUUCUCUCUCUCUCUCCCUAUCCUUCUACAUUUCUCCCUUUUCUCUCUCUCCAUCUCUUUUUCUCUAUCCCGCUCUACCCUCCUAUAUUUAUAUCCUUCCCCCUUUCUCUCUCCUUCUAUAUUUCUCUCUCAGCUGUCACUCCCUUCUUCCUUUAGCCUCUGUGUAUGGCCCUCUGCUCUGGGUCAUCCACAGGACACGGGCAUGGCAGGAGCCCUCUUUUACAGCUUUACAGUUGGACACGCUCGAGGGGGGGAAAGAACCGUAGAGGUCGGAAGGAGAGAGUAGAGUGAGGGGGCGUUAGGGGAUUAUUUUUUUUUUGCAUCUGGUCCUCAUUGUAGGGAGAGUCCCCGCAAAACGGCGGGCAGCUGCCGGCGAGAUUCCGGCCCUCCCCUCCCUCACCCUGACGGCCCACCCGCCCACCCCCGUCUCUCUCACAGGAAGCGCAGCCUUGGAUCCCGGUGGGGGUUCCUAAUUCAAACCAGCCCACUGGAACUGCCAGAGGUGGCCGCUCCCCACUACAUUCCCCUCUGCUCUCCUCCAGCUCCCAGGGCUUAACUGGCUGCCCCUGCAUGUCCUUCAAACGCACACAAGCAUGCAUGCAUGCACGCACGCACGCACACACAACCCCCCCCACCCCCAGUCCUUGACAACCUUCCAAACUUUAGGCAGCUCAACAAACUCGAUGGUUGUAGAGUCAGCUGAGUUGCCCCAGUGGCAUAUAGGGGGAGAUAGUGUGAGGGGGAGACGAGCGUGUGAGGGAGGAGAAGGCUAGUUUCUGUAAAUGUGUGUUGUUAUUGUGGGGGAAUAAGUCAUAGGGUCAUAUGGGGUCAGACAGGCAUGUAGAUCCCGCCGUCCCUCCCAACCCCAGUCAGGGUGUGUUUCAAAGUGUAUUCGCCACGUGCACAGGAUACAACAGGUGUAAAACAGGACAGUAAAAUUCUUAUCUUGAGAGCUCUUUCCUGACAAUGCGGUGAAAGUAAUGUAGAUAAUAAUAAAAAAUAUAAUAAAAAAUACACAAGAAUUGCGAUAUAAAUAGAAGAAAGGCGAUAUACAGGUCCGUGCCAGUAACUUCUUCAUUGCAGGGGUACUGGAGUGGUUGAGGUAGGUUUAUACAUAGGGCGGCAGGUAGCUUAGUGGUUAAGAGUGUUGUGCCAGUAACCGAAAGGUCGCUGGUUCUAAUCCCCGAGCCGACUAGGUGAAAAAUCUGUCGAUGUGCCCUUGAGCAAGGCACUUAACCCUAAUUGCUCCUGUAAGUCGCUCUGGAUAAGAGCGUCUGCUAAAUGACUUAAAUGUAAAUGUAAAAAUAAAAAGUUACUGGUAGUAGGAUAUACAUGUAAACAGGGCUGAAACGUGACAGCAGGUAGCAGGAAUACAUACUAAUGGUAAUCUACAGUAUACGUGUAAACAGGCGUAAGAGUGACCAGUAGCAUGAUAAAUCAGUGUGUGUAUGUGGGUAGGGAAAAGAGGGAGGGAAGCUGGGUAGAGCUUGGGUGUUUUCUUUGAAAAUUAUGCCACGUUUUGGGAGCUCCUGGGCAGAGGAAGCAGCCAUGUGUUACUGACCAAUUAGGCCCUUCUCAGGGACUGGGGAGUCAAGGUAAUAAGGGGAGAAGAGGAGCAUGGGAAGAAAUGGUUGAGCAAGGAAGUGUCCUCUCCUGGACACCAGUCCUGUCCUCUCCUGGCCACCAGCCCUGUCCUCUCCUGGCCACCAGCCCUGUCCUCUCCUGGCCACCAGCCGUGUCCUCUCCUGGCCACCAGUCCUGUCCUCUCCUGGCCUCCAGCAUCUCAUCAAACUCCACUUCAAAAUCCAGGGACCACUCUGCAGUGGCCUCUGCUACACACACACACACACACACACACACACACACACAUUAAAUACUUUAUUUGAAUCCACCAAAUUUACAAAAAAAGAAUCCAAACAUUUCAAAGGUCCCUGUAUGCAUGGCACUCAAGGGUACAGAAAGCACCUCAUUCUCCAAACAGCUAGGCUGCCCACGACAGCUGAAACAGAGCAGUACCUAGCCAAUUGCUUUGCCCUAGUUUUUGUCAGGCCUGCAAUCUGGAGGCCACGCACUGCAAGCCUGUGUACGUGGCCGAGACUGCCAAAUAUCAGCGCCACCAGCUUGCACCUACACCCGAGGCUGUCCAAGCAUGCCACGAGGGCCUGGUAUUUAAGCAGCUUCUCGGCGAAGGCCUGCUCCAUGUAGCCGUCAAAUGAGCAGCCCACUUCCCAAAUUAGCGCCUCCCCCCACAACAACAAUAUCUGCCGUAUUUGGCACACAGGAAAACACAUCAUCAUCAACAUCAAACCAGCUUCCCCUUACACAGGAAUGUUUAUGCAUAUGUAUUGUUGGUGAGACUACUUGUCUCGCCUCGUUGGCUAUCAGGUCAACAAGGCGGUCAUGUCUAGCAAUGUACAAAUCCUUGUAUGAACAGCAGCCAUUCACAACAUGGGCAAUGGACUCCAUUACAUUUGACUCAUGUAGAAUACAAAAUGGAUCAUGGUUUGCAGGGUACCAGAGUACUAGAUUAUAUUUUGUUGAUAGAACUUGCAGCCUCGCCUUAACAGUAAAGGUGAGAAUGUCCUCUCAAACGGCAGCAUUCUGGUACAUGGAAUGGGAGGCAGAGUGGACAGCACAGUCCAGAGCAGCGAGUUUCUCCUGCAGCUUCAGGCUAGUCCAGUGUUGCAGUAGCAGCAUUUGUCUGAUACAAAAGAGUGUUGUCCUGGAUAUAGGAUGAGAUGUUCCAUCAUGGGUGACAGAAGCCUCCACAUCAACACACACACACACACACACACACACAUCAACACACACAUCAACACACACACACAUCAACACACACACACACAUCAACACACACACACACACAUCAACACACACACACACACAUCAACACACACACACGCACACACAUCAACACACACGCACACACACACAUCAACACACACACACACACACAUCAACACACACACACACACACACAUCAACACACACACACACACACACUCAUUAAAAGCAUAACAUACACACACAUAUUAAAGUACAACAUACAUAUUUAAGAGGAACUUAUAUCUGUCUGAAGUGAUGCCUGCCUGCUAUCUCUAGGCUAUUUGCUAUAUUUAGGCAGCGAGGGGGUGUAAGAUGUGUGAUAUUAGCUGUGGUAAACUGUCAUGAGUAUUUUGUGUCGGGGCUCUGUCUUCUCAGCUCCAUCACCAUAAGGUGGUUAGAUGCUACCUACCUACCUGCAUGAACACACUUCUGGGCUCAUAUUCAUAAAAAGUAUCAGAAUAAGAGAGCUGAUCUAGGAUCAGGUCCCCUCUGUUCAUUUAAAUGUAUUCAUUAUGAUCCAAUAUGAAAACGGAUUCUAGAUCAGCACUCCUACUCCGAGACACUAUGAAUACAGGCCCUGAAGUGUUCAAAGUGUACAUUAUAAGUGUAUAACAUUAAACCUAUCUUUAAUUUGUUUUGUAUCUGACUCCCAUCAGUAAAGCCAAGUCCAAGCUAAUGAGUAUAUUCCAUUUUUACUGUUUCUUAAAAUCAUAUCUCUCCUUCCUCUUGCCAGACAAAAAGGGGGGCUCUGACGACGACGAUGAUGAUGAUGAUGAUGAUCUUCUUCAAGAGCUGUCUGACCUGAGCAAUGAUGAGGGGGUGGAGGAAGACCAAGAU